CAUCCGGAGAACAAGAUGGCGGCCGAGAUGAGUUGACUUGCAACCUUGGUGUUUGUUUCCGAAAAAUAAUGGUUUUCUUAUCAUUCUAAGAAACGGAAAGACACCGGCGAUCGCUGCCAAGAGUAACUCUACUCAAUCGCCAUGUAUGAGAACACAAAAACACAAAAUAUGUUUCUUACACGGGCCCUAGAGAAGAUACUGAACGACAAGGAAACGAAGAAGUCAUAUCACCAGCAACUGAAGAAGGCUUGCGAAGUAGCUCUAGGUGAGACACGGGAAAUGAGAAAACAGUCUAUUUCAAAUAUUUUACACAGCUGCCAGUUAUUAUCUCUAGAUCUAAGCUUGGAUUGAUUGUCAGAGUCAAUUGUACCCUGGUUGUUUGCUUAAAUUCAGCUUGUACUCUGUAGCUUGAUUUUCAAAGAUAAGAAAUUCACUCUUCAAAACAGGUGUGAGUGCAGACGGCACAUUAUGGCCGACAAUUGCCUAUUUUGAGUGUUUUCUUAUGUUAUCGGCGAUCAAAGUUGGUGUCCUUUCUUGCGCUUUUCAGAGGCGAUUCAUAAUAAAGUUGUAUUGAUCAAGAACUUGGUUAAGAUCAGGAUGGCAUUUGAUUAUUUGAAAUUCUAAUCUGGUCACGCUUUGCUUCGCUUCAAUCCAGGCAACGCAACAGUUCUUUUAGCAAAGUAGCUCGCCGAGUUUUUGCCUCUUGACAAUAACAAAGAGUAACUUCCUGCAAAAUGAUUAAUUGAUCAUGAUCAUGAACUAGUUCUAAAAUCCUAUUUAAAAGUAUCUGUCAGUGAUCAAUAUUGCAAUAACUUUCUGUUACUGAACUGGUGUUAAUACUGUCAUGACAUUUUAUAUAAUAUCACUGCACAAUGUGUUAGAAAGUUUUACACAAAGACAUCUGCAAAUUUGUAGCUUUGAAUGUAUCAAGCCAAAAGUAACAGUAUUAUUUUUAUAACUAUUUUAAUCAUAAAGAAUCAAGGACAAUAUUUUUGGGGGUGAAGGUUGUGAAUAUCAUGUUUACUAUGAAUUUUUUUAGUUGUGAGUUUUUCUUUGAAAAACAGCUUUAAGCAAAUCUUAAGACAUUUGAGAUUUUCUCAUGCUACUAUUCUUAGAACUUUUUGUUUACAUAUGCAUUACAAAUCCACUGUUGAUCUGAAAACAAUAAGUUGGCAGGAUAUUGAAUCAGAAACAGGAACAUAUUACAUUUUACCACCACAUUUUAAUGCAACAUCACACUGAGUAAACUUGGUUUUAUCGAUAUCUACGUAUAAUAACAUUAUUGUGACUGCAUAGUUUUGCUACAUUUCAGCAAAAGAAAUAUUUUUUGCACCCACAGUAGGCAUGCAUUGCUUUUUGUAAUAUUUGUAAUUAUUAUCUUGGAUUUGUCUGUAUCGUAAAAGAAUAAUGGGUACUGUUGUAGUGAUUAUGGUUUUUCUAAAUAUUUCAAAUUAGCAAUGUACAUGUUAUGCUGUAAGUCUGUUGUUCAUAGAGACAACAUACUAGCCGUAUCAACACAAUUUUGAGCUGUAAUUUUAUUCGCUUUUGAUAUUGUUGAGGAAACACAGCACUAUUGAUGUUGCUCAAGUCUUUCGUUGGUUUUAAAAUUGUCAAACCUGAUCAGUUAGUCAAUUUUGAUUAAGAUUAUGGUUUAUAAGUAGGUUGAAUUUGAUCAUCCGCGUGAAAGUUGUCCUGAAUAGGACGGUUGUUGACAGUGGCUGACGUUUAGACAACCUGUGCAGUAGUCAUCUUCAGAGUCAAAGUGAGUUGUAUCAUGUCAGCUGAUGAGAUUAUACUCUGGUUAUUGACCUGAUUGGUCAAUUACCUCAUGAUGCUAUUGAUUGUCUGUCAGUUAAGCCAUGAUGUUAUUGGCUAUGAAGACUCAUAAUGUAAUUGGUGCAUUUCGAUCCCUCUGUAGAUGACUACUGCAAAGGUUUGUUGAAAUCUCAGUCACUGUCAACAACAACAGUCCUAUUCAGGACUAUGCUCACCCGGACGAUUAAACUCAACCUACUUUUGAAAUGACUCCUGGGUUCAAACCUAUCACAGUAUUAUGGUUGAACUUGUUUGAAAACUUUUCAAAUCUAACAAUAUUGAUCCACAGCAUUAAAACACAUAGUAUCUGGACAUGAGCAUUUUUAUGUUUUUUUUUCAGAAGAAAUUCAUAAAUCUCAAAAAGCUGUAAUUGCAGAUGGCAGGUAUAGUUUCAUAUAUUACUAUUUGAUUUAUAAAAUUUACCCCUGCAUGUUGGGGCAAACAUUUGUUUAGGUUCAUUUUAUAAGUUCGUUGAGCUUUUAUAUAUGUACACCUGUACCAAGUAAUCUUUUGGUGCAUUUAAUAGUUCACUGCAAAUUAAUCUUGACCUCUUACGGCCCACUUGAAAGAACACUAUAUGUUUUAAUUGGCAAGAUAUUCUUUUGUAUUUUACAGGAUGUGUUAAGAUGUCACAUCAUCCAGUUUUGUAGUGUUUUUUUUUUGUAUUUGAUGUGUUGGUUCAUAAAAUCUAUAUGCCCCCCAUAGAGGGUUUUGAUACCCGCCUCCCCCACCACUAACACCCACUCACCCCUCUGGCAAUAUAAUUUUCCCUUCAUUAAACAAUUUUUCCAUUUCAAAAUUUUGGCCUUGAAGACCCUCAUCCCUCUUGGAAUUUCCAAUGUCCCUCCAUGGGCAGAAUAGUGAAAUUUUUUUGACGCCACAGAAAGGAUCAAAAUAAUUACUUUUUUUAAGCUUCUUUCAUAAACAAUUUGGAUCCAUCUUGAACAGGGGACUGCUGUGGUUUGGGGAUCUUUUCUCCACAAUAAGGAGAAAGAUGUUAUUAGCAGAAAGUCUUUCUUGCCUGUUUAUAAGGUGUUUUUGUCUUUGUUGUAUUGUGUAGUGAUGAAAGUCCAUCAUCUGCCCUUCCUCCGCCCAAGGGAAAGCAGCCAUUUAUUGAAGCAGAUAGAUAUUUUUUACCCUUUGAACUUGCUUGCCAAUCAAAAUGUCCUCGAAUAGUUGUGACAGCACUGGACUGCCUCCAGGUACUGUUAAUUUGUGUUUAUAACAAAUAUCAAAGAGUGAAUUAGGGAAAUACUGUUUGUCGUUAGAAUUUUUUACUUUUUACUUUAGGUAACAAAAAUUCAGAAAAACAGUUUUUUUUCGAAAGUUGUGAAAAAAAAAAUAGAAAAAGUCAUGUAAAAUUGUAUUUCUUGGCAAAGUCAGUAAAAAGGCAGGGUUUGCUUUCAGUUAAAUAAUUACUUUAAUACACUAAAACCCCACAACUGAGAACCUGGAUGUUUCCAAGUUAGCCUCAGGUUCUUAUGUAAAUGCUAGUUAGCAAAAGUUAAGCCUAUUUUGGUUCUUAAAUAGAUUCUUAUUUUCUGAAGAAAAGACAUACAAUAUAGCUAAGAGUAUUCAGUUGUUCAGCUUAUUCCUCAUAUAAAACCUACAUACCAGAACAGAAUUUUUGUACAGAAUUUUUUCAUAGAUUUUAGAAAAAAACCAAGAACCCGUUUCAAAUUUUAGGCUCAACAGGUUCUUAGUCACAGGGUUUACUUUUACAGAAAAUUACUGUACUCUAAAUGCUAUUAAAAAUGUCUAGAUUCCUUUGAAAAUGUAAAGAUAUUCACAAACAGGAAAAGAAUAACCAUGGCUGGCAAAAGAAGCUGAAAAAAAUUUGAAUUCGAAGUUCAGCAACAAAAAAAUUAUUUAAAGGAAAAUUCAGGGAUUUUUUUUUUCUGGAAGUGAGUGGCUACCCUGUGGAAGCAUGACAAUGAGAAAUUCAGCAGAUAAGAGUGUCUUGAAUCUUUACUAAUACUGUAACGUUGCAUACUCUAUCAAACACUAUUUUACUUUACCAUGACUGUUAUUUUCAUUUGAAUUUUUUCCAUAGAAACUUAUAGCUUAUGGACACUUAGCUGGUGACAUUCCAGAUAGCACUGAACCCUCAAAAAAGCUUCUAGACCGGAUAGUGGAAACUAUUUGUAGCUGUUUUGUUGGAGUACAGACUGAUGAGGGAGUACAGCUUCAGAUCAUUAAGGUUCUCUAAGUUAAUGAAAUUUAUUGACUCCAGAAAUUAGGGAAUGAAAAUUAAAAUUAAAAAAACAGAAAUUUUUCUCCUUACCGCUGUUCAACAGAUGCUACCUACAUUAACUUUACAGUGGUCCAAACUGGUAUGGAACAUUAAAACAAGAAUUUGUUGUGAUGAACAUGUCCAAUGUAUAUUUCCACCAUCUUGAUUUGAGCCUUCAGGGUCAGCAGUCGCUCCCAAUCCCACAAGCUUCAAAAAUUAAGAUGGUGUCCUUGAUCAAAAGACCAUGUUUCGCAUUUAGUGGACAAAACAAUUUAUGAGGCUGUUUUCACAAGAUAAAAAAGGAUGUUUUGUAGCAUUAUGGCUCCUGGAGAUUGUUGUACAACUCAUGUUUUGUUGGUUUACUUCUACAAAUGAACAGGACAACAUCACUGAUUGAUGGAUACUUGUCUUGUAUCCUUCUUCUGCAGUUGUCAGCAGCGUUGCCAGUUCAUGCUUUAUUUGCGAACUGAUUUUAAAAUCCAUAAAAUAAGCGUUUUCAAGGUAUAGCCUCUUGUCUGUUCCCUGUAGAAAUUCCAGAUCUAACCUCCCCCCCCCCACAUGCCUUCGGAAUUCCAAUCUUACAGUAAGUAUCCCCCCAUGCCUUCGGAUUUCCUGUUCAAUGGACCCCCCCUCCCCACUCCCUUUGCCCUUGGAAUUCCAAAAAGAUGGCUGUGGUAUGGUAUGGAUAUUUUCUGGAAUUGCCCAUUAUCCAUAAUAUCUCCUACUAUCCAUUGUGCUUUGGAGGAGUUAAAAUGGACAAACUUACCAUGUAACACUUCAAAUUUCAUUGAAAAAUGUUUUGCUGUAGUGUUAAAAGUAAAGAGAGAGUGUUAAACAAUACAUUUACAUGAAACGCACCAAGUUUUUGGCUGAUAAAAGUGCCCACCGCAGAUCAAUCUCUCUUGUUAUUGAGUUAUAAGUCCUUCAAAAUGGUAGACCUUUGUCUGUGUAUGUUCUUCAUUGAAUUUAUUGUGAUCUGUUUCCUGUGUCCAGGCUUUACUGACUGCUGUUACUUCAAACUCAUGUGAAGUUCAUGAAGGAACUCUCUUACAAGCAGUGCGAACGUGUUACAAUAUUUACUUAGCCAGUCGUAAUCUGAUCAACCAAACAACAGCUAAAGCUACCCUUAGCCAGAUGAUAAGUGUGAUUUUUCAAAGGAUGGAAGCUCAAGCUGUAAGUAUGUCUGCUGAUCACAGUGGAAUGAAGUUUUAAAUCCCAUGAAAUGUCCCAAUUUUCAUCUUCAAUCCUUGAAUUAUGAAUUAUGAAUUCCAUAAAAAACCAGGCAGACUAAAGAUGUUUACAAUUUGUCAGAACUGACUAGUCAGUUGAAAAUAGAGUUUCACUAUUAAUCAGACUGUCCAGCCAUAAUUAUCACUUUGUUAUUAAUAUUUUGAAUGAAUAAUGAAACGAUUGUUGAAUUCGGCUUUUGUAUCAUCUGAGGAAUUAUGGAGAUCUUGGAGGGUGUUAUCUGCCGCUGCCGAUAACACCCUCCUUGAUAACCAUAAUUCUUCAGAUGAUUUGAAAGCCAAAUUCAAUAAUAAUUGUUAAAUAUUGUUACUUAUAUCUGGUCUUAACACUUUGAAUCAAAGAAACUGAUGGUACUUACCUGAUCUAUAGGCUGUCGAAGAAGAAUUGACGGAGUCAGGGCAAGAUCAGGAGAGUGUGCAAACAAGUUCAACCCCCACCCCCUCUGAAACAACAGAGUCACAGUCUGUGUCCUCCCCUGACAGGGACACUGGUUCAUCAACUCCUUCCACCCUGUCUGAUCCAAUUGAUGCAGGGUCAUCAGAGCAGAACCAUGAAACAAAAGAUGCAAGCAAUACAGACAGCAGUACUGCAGCAGAAAGUAAAAGGACUGACAAUGAUGUAGAUGAAGGGGUGGACUUGCAAGGUAAAUUUGUGAAAACCCAUCAGCGAAAUUCUGGAACAUGUCAUUAUCCUUGAUGUCACCAAUCAGAGUGCAAAAGAAAGUCCGUUUGACAGCUUCCCUUUGGGAAAGUUGAAGCUAGUAUACAUUAGCCUGGAAGUCAUUUUCACUAGACGGGUUUAAACCUUUUUGACAAGCAUGAUGAUAAAAAUUAAUAUUGAUUAAUCAAUUUCAUCAUUAGUUAAUUUAUUCCAUUCUUUACAAAUUCAUUAUUAUCAACUAUAACUAGAAGUUCUCAUUGAGAAGGCAAGUGCUGCCGUUAGUUGCGAAGCGAAUAGGACAACUGAAGACAGUUUGUAGAACACAGUUGAACAUAUGAAUUCUUUUUAUUAAAGUCAAUAACUUAGACUUGCUGGCAUUAUGAAACACUCAGAGCGUAAUAUAAAAAAUGAACGGAUCACGGUGACAAAUAUGCUUACAUUCGUAUAACUCGCUACGGUUUCAAUACCAUUUUGUAAUUCAUUCUAAUAAUUCACGAAAUUCUAAAACAACAGCAGUGCUGAUAGGCUGUUUCUUCAUCGAACAAUCAUUGUACACAGGAUCGAUGAGAUGAGUUGCGAACAAAUGACGUAAAGGCCAAAACUUGUUUAUUCACAGGUCAGGUAGAUGUACAGCACAUGCCGUUCACUUAUGUAACUUACAAUCCUGAUUACCGAGAUAACAAUCUGUGCGACAAAAGAAUACUCGCUAUAACUAAUCUUGAAACCUGAAUAAAAAAAAAUAAACCGAAAAAAUGUUCCGUACAAUACGUCUUGAACUGUUCUUACCGUUUAGGCCAUUUAAAAAGACAGCAAGCAUCCGAUAAACUACGAUUUCUGCACAGAUCUUACAUGAGAGCAAAACAAAAUGGCGGGUUGCUCCUAAGAGAAAAACAGGCGCGGCAGCUAAGCAAACUGCUGACUGCACAGCGCUGCAGUCAAAGAUGACCAUGGAACCAUCCAACCAAAAAAUUAAUCUCAAAUGGAUCAAGAAUGUGGUCUGCUGCCAGCUGAUGCCCGGCAACAAUAAUAUUUAACAAGAGUUUUAGGAGAUACACUGUACUAGUUUUUGCUGAUUUCACUCCUUCUGAUCAGUUUGAAAACGGCUUUUGGUUCAUAUAAAUUUGUGGGGACUUUGUCUUACAGUACUUCGGUAAUUUGAAAUUUCCCAAAAAACCACACUGGCCUUUUGGGCAAGGUAAGAAAAGAAUUUACUAGACUGACAGAUCCCAAAAUCCACUAGCCGCAGGCUUAUCAGACACGACUUUUUUUGUAUGCUGUCAAUACAUGUACUGUUAUUUGCAUCUUGAUAAAGUGAUGUUAUGAAAAAUAUGGGAACUCAGUAUUAUGUGUUUUACAUUUUUUUGUUCAGUUAUCAAUUUGAAGUGUGCUUGGUGCACAAAGUAUGAUUUGUGUUACAAAGUGCAAACCUAAAUGUGUAAUCUGAACUUAAACAAAUAUAUGUGUUUAUUGGUUUGGUAUGGAUGUAACUGGUAACCAAAUAGGUUCACAUUCUGAUUAUUUGACAAACAAACGUAAUUUUUGAAUUGUGAUUCUUAUUAAUUUGAAGAGCCCAUUGUCGAAUUAGGUGAUGGAGACAAGUUACAAAGAGUGCAGUUCUGUUAGAAUGCUUGAGGUGCAUUCAGUAACAAACCAAUGCUGUCUUUUCUUUGACAGCUGAUGACCAGCUUGAGGAUGGUACUAAAGAGACGCUAGUUGAAGAAACUCAUCAAACCGGUAGUCCUGAAGGGGGCAAUGAUAGUAUGGCAGAGUCUACUGAGCAAGGUGGGGUGGAAAAAGAAACAGUGUGUGAAGUUGAUGGCAGUACUGCUGAGGAGAGUUCACAGAACAUAACAGCCGUAGAGGACGACAGCAGUGAGGUUUCCACUGAAAAUAAACUUGUUGAUGGUGAUAAGAUUAAAGAUUCAGAAAGCCCAUCAGGUACAUGUAAUUGUAUGCCAAUUUAGCUCUUUUUUAGAUUAUGUUGUGGAUAGUCAGAUGCAAAGAAAAAAAUAAUAUUAUUAGAGGAAAAAAGUUACAGUGCCUUCCUGAAUUGCCUAAUUCAAUCUGUUUUUCAGAAAAAAAAUUAGUGAUAUACAUGUACAAUUAUAACUCUUACUUUAUGUUUUUCAUUGUAAUAUCAUCAUAUAAAACUGUGGAAAAGUCAGGAGUUGGCAGUUCUGUGAGGCUCAUAAAAUUAAUAUUUGCAACAAAACUUAUUUAUUAUUUUUAUUGGCAGAAAUGGUGCUUAAAGUAGUUACAUUUAAUGGAAAAGGUACAGAUGUAGCAUAAAUUUUGAAUUUCCACUGCGUCUCUAACUGUUUCCUUCUGUUUCUCUUUUUAACCAGAUCAGAGCAUCAUCUCAAAUGGUGAAGUUCCUGAAGCAUCUCCAGAAACCCCCACUGUUAAUGGCCUUCCCUCACCAACACCAAUAGAGAUGGCAAUCCCUAUGUCUGAUGAGCAUGAUGACACUCAGAGUGAAUCUGGUACUGACGCAGAGGGAAGCUCAUCAUCAACAUCUGUCAACAGCCAAGCAUCAGGGGCUGCCAAGUUCUCUCAUGUCACUCAGAAAGAUGCAUUUCUUGUGUUCAGGUCCCUGUGUAAGCUUUCAAUGAAGCCCCUCUCUGAUGCACCCCUAGAUCCUAAGUAAGUUCAGUGUUCAUACAGUAGAGAGACAUAUCACGGCUGUAGCAUUUUUAUUUAUUCAGGUUACUCUGAAAAUAAUGAUUCCAGGANAGUUCUGUGAGGCUCAUAAAAUUAAUAUUUGCAACAAAACUUAUUUAUUAUUUUUAUUGGCAGAAAUGGUGCUUAAAGUAGUUACAUUUAAUGGAAAAGGUACAGAUGUAGCAUAAAUUUUGAAUUUCCACUGCGUCUCUAACUGUUUCCUUCUGUUUCUCUUUUUAACCAGAUCAGAGCAUCAUCUCAAAUGGUGAAGUUCCUGAAGCAUCUCCAGAAACCCCCACUGUUAAUGGCCUUCCCUCACCAACACCAAUAGAGAUGGCAAUCCCUAUGUCUGAUGAGCAUGAUGACACUCAGAGUGAAUCUGGUACUGACGCAGAGGGAAGCUCAUCAUCAACAUCUGUCAACAGCCAAGCAUCAGGGGCUGCCAAGUUCUCUCAUGUCACUCAGAAAGAUGCAUUUCUUGUGUUCAGGUCCCUGUGUAAGCUUUCAAUGAAGCCCCUCUCUGAUGCACCCCUAGAUCCUAAGUAAGUUCAGUGAUCAUACAGUAGAGAGACAUAUCACGGCUGUAGCAUUUUUAUUUAUUCAGGUUACUCUGAAAAUAAUGAUUCCAGGAAUGAAAUUUCUCCAUAUGCUGGAUGUAACAGAAGUCAGAAGUUUUUAAAGUAUUGAAUUAUGAUUCUCUCAAAGAAAUGUCAGGCAUCAGCUACAGCUGUAAGAGCCUGAAAGUCAACUACCCUCAUACAUAGACUUGCUACAAGUCAACCACUCUCAUAAGUUCUUGAAAUCGAGCAAAGCGAGCUUCAAUGAGGUCAUGCAGCAAGGACUUGUUUCACCUGAAUGGAUUUGUAUCAUAUGAUAAAUUCACAUGGGAAAAAUGAAUGACAUGUGCUGUGUCGAGAAUUAUGUCAAAUAUCACUCACUCUCCUAUUGGUGAAUUGUCUUGACAAACAGGAAAAGUCCUUUAAAAUGGUGUAACCAACCAGGAAAAAGAUAAAGGACUUUUAGAAAGUCUAUCGCAUACAGUCUGUACACUCCUACCCAGGGCUCGAAAAAAGUCCUCUUCAGUAGUCCAGGACAAGUAGAUUUUCUUUCUGGGCAAGUAACUUUUAAAGCUCACUUACCUAAUGGGCAAGGGUCUGGGCAAGUCAUCCUCUAACAAAAUUAUUUACUAAGAUGAGCAAGAAGUGGCCUUGGGCAAGCAAAAUAAGAGAGCUACUUGCCCAAAGGACAAACUGGAAUUCACGUUUUUUCAAACCCUGCUACCCCACCCUGCUGUGGUCCACAGGUCAUCUUCAGGCUAUUCUCCUAUCUGAUAUCCGGGGAUGUGCCGAGUGGGAAAAUCUAAUUCUCCAAUUUUGCAGGCUACUUCCAUAAAUAAGGAAUGCUGUUUGUUUUUAAAAUUUCUUUGCUCUGUUUGCAAAGUAAGAAAUGUGAUGUUGUAGCCUGUAGUGAUUUUACUGUUAUUAUAACCAGUUGUAUGUAACUGUUCCUGUUGCAGGUCUCAUGAGUUGCGAUCCAAGAUUCUGUCCUUGGAACUGUUGCUGUCCUGUCUUCAGAAUGCAGGACCAGUGUUUUGUACACAUGAGAUGUUUGUAACAGCCAUUAAACAAUACCUUUGUGUAGCAUUGUCCAAGAAUGGUGUUUCCUCUGUUCCUGCUGUUUUUGAACUGUCAUUAGCAAUCUUUCUAACACUGCUGUCGUCGUUCAAAACACAUCUCAAAAUGCAGAUAGAGGUUCGUACCCAGGCAUUCCUGUUUGUUUUUCUUUAGUUUUAUCACUGAUGCAGUUUGUCAGUCAGUCCUAGGAGUCAGAAGUUAAUUCUUUAUGGAAAAUUAUGCAAGUCAGCGAAUUAUAAUUAAUAUAUCACUCCAUCAGUCAGUCAGCUCUCCUCAGCCAUGGUGUAUUUUAUGUGUUUCUUUCUGUUUUGCAGGUGUUUUUCAAGGAGAUCUUUCUUAACAUCCUGGAGACAUCAACCAGUUCAUUUCAGCACAAGUGGAUGGUUAUGCAGGCAUUAACAAGAAUAUGCUCAGGUGUGCACAUACAGUGUAAUUUGGUGACGUGUUAUAAAUUUUGUGCUAUACUUGAUUUCUAAAGAUGUAGCCUUCAGCAUAACCUGUGUCCCAGAUAAAACUAAACCUUGGUUAAGUCCAUCUGCGAAACAGUGCUGGAAUCCUUGUUAUGGGCCACAGCUGUGUACCAGGAUAUGAGUACCCGUCAUGAUUGGCCUGUUAAAAAUGCCAUUGUCGUGUUGCUAAUCAAGAUGAAAGGAAAUUCAAAAGGUACUUUGUUAGGUUGUUGAGUCCGUUUGGGGCCAAGGACAAGGAUAUCGGCGCUGCCUGGCAAAUGUUACUGACCAAGGUUAAAUUAGCAUAAGUACUGGGAAAGAAAGUGUCUGAGUUCCCAACAGGGGAAGUAAAGACUUUUCUUGCCUUUCUCCAGUUCUCCUCUCGGCUUGUUUUCAAGUGCUACUGAGCCUGUAAUGGCCUUACUGAAAAGGGGCUGUUCAAUGUCUCAUGGAAGACUUCUGGCAUGUUUCAAUCAAGGACAAAAAAGUUCAGGCACUUUUUCAAAUUGAAAUAUCACAGAUUUUACUCCCCAUUUCGCUGUUCUGCCCACUUAAUUUCUUAGUUGGUGCUUUUACCUCUACAAGGAUCACUCAAGAAUAAGAUAUAUCAGGGGAUGAGGAGAUUGGAGAGUGCAAAAUCUCAAAAUGGCUUCAAGAUGCCAAGAUGUCCAUGCUUGUAGCCUAAAAUAAUGUGCUUCCUGCAUACUUUUAAAAUCAACAUUUCAACUAGUACACAUCAUAAACAUUGGAGGCGUGUGUGGCCAAGUGGUUAACACCUUGAACUCUGGACCUGGAGGACCAGGGUUCAAGCCUCGUCCGUCACACUUUUACCUUAGACAAGGAACUUUACUCCACUUUGUCUUUCUUCACCCAGGUGUAUAAAUGGGUACUGGUGACAUACUGCUGGGGGGUAACCCUGCGAUGGACUAGCAUCCUGUCCAGGGGGGAGUAGCAAUACUCCUUAGCUUGUUUCAUGCUACGGAAACCGGGUUAAGCUCUGGCCGUUUGGGCCUUUGGCUUGUGUGCGCCUUUACCUUUUACCUUACAUAAUUAAGAGACUAGCGUACCUAUAACAUGCAGAACAGUGACAUGAUCCUUUUUUCUUUUUAGAUGCCCAAUGUGUGGUGGACAUCUACCUCAACUAUGACUGUGAUCUGUCCCUGUCAAACAUCUUUGAACGUUUAACUAGCGACUUGGCGAAGAUAGCUCAAGGGAGGCAAGCCAUAGUCCUCUCUGAUGUUAUUAUAAUGAAUUGUCUGUAACUGUUCCUGUUGCAGGUCUCAUGAGUUGCGAUCCAAGAUUCUGUCCUUGGAACUGUUGCUGUCCUGUCUUCAGAAUGCAGGACCAGUGUUUUGUACACAUGAGAUGUUUGUGACAGCCAUUAAACAAUACCUUUGUGUAGCAUUGUCCAAGAAUGGUGUUUCCUCUGUUCCUGCUGUUUUUGAACUGUCAUUGGCAAUCUUCCUAACACUGCUGUCGUCGUUCAAAACACAUCUCAAAAUGCAGAUAGAGGUUCGUGCCCAGGCCUUUCCAUUUGUCUUUCUUUAGUUUUAUCACUGUUUCAGUUUGUCAGUCAGGCCUACAUGUAGGAGUCAGAAAUUAUUUCUUUAUGGAAAUUUAUGCAAAUCAGCAAAUUAUAAGUAAUAUAUGGCUCCAUCUGUCAUUCAGCUCUCCUCAACAUGGUAUAUCUAUGUGUUUCUUUCUGUUUUGCAGGUGUUUUUCAAGGAGAUCUUUCUUAACAUCCUAGAGACAUCAACCAGUUCAUUUCAGCACAAGUGGAUGGUUAUGCAGGCACUAACAAGAAUAUGCUCAGGUGUGCACAUACAGUGUAAUGUGGUGAUGUGUCAUAAAUUUUGUGCUAUACUUGAUUUCUAAAGAUGUGGCCUUCAGCAUAGCCUGUGUCCCAGAUGAAACUAAACUCUGGUUAAGUCCAUCUGCGAAAAAGUGCUGGAAUCCUCGUUCUGGGCCACAGCUGUGUGUCAGGAUUUUAGUAUACACCAUGAUUGGCCUGUUAAACAUGCCAUUGUCGUGUUGCCAAUCAAGAUGAAAGGAAAUUCGAAACAUACUUUCUUAGGUUGUUGAGUCUGUUGGGGGCCAAGGAUAAGGAUAUAAGCACUGCCUGGCAAAUGUUACUGACCAAGGUUAAAUUAGCAUAAAUACUGGGAAAGAAAGUGUCUGAGUUCCCAACAGGGGAAGUAAAGACUUUUCUUGCCUUUCUCCAGUUCUCCUCUCAGCUUGUUUUCAAGUCCUACUGAUCCUCUAAUGGCCUUACUUAAAAGGGGCUGUUUAAUGUCUAAUGGAACACUUGUGGCAUGUUUCGAUCAAGGACAAAUUUUCAAGUUUCAAAUUGAAAUAUCACAGAUUUUGUUCCCCAUUCCCCUGUUCUGCCCACUUAAUUUCUUCCUUGGUGCUUUACCUCUACAAGGAUCUCUCAAGAAUAAGAUAUAUCAGGGGAUUAGGAGAUUGGAGAGUGCAAAAUCUCAAAAUGGCUGCAAGAUGCCAAGAUGUCCAUGCUUGUAGCCUAAAAUAAUGUGCUUCCUGCAUACUUCUAAAAUCAACAUUUCAACCAGUACUCAUCAUAAAGAUUGAAGGCAUGUGUGGCCGAGUGGUUAACACCUUGAACUCUGGACCUGGAGGGCGGGGUUCAAGCCCCGCCCAUCACGUUUUUACCUUAGACAAGGAACUUUACUCCACUUUGUCUCUCUUCACCCAGGUGUAUAAAUGGGUACUGGUGACAUACUGUUGGGGGGUAACCCUGCGAUGGACUAGCAUCCUGUCCAGGGGGGAGUAGCAAUACUCCUUAGCUUGUUUCAUGCUACGGAAACUGAGUUAAGCUCUGGCCGUUUGGGCCUUUGGCUUGUGUGCGCCUUUACCUUUUACCUUACCUAAUUAAGAGACUAGAGUACCUAUAACAUGCAGAACAGUGACAUGAUCCUUUGUUUCACUUUAGAUGCCCAAUGUGUGGUGGACAUCUACCUCAACUAUGACUGUGAUCUGUCCCUGUCAAACAUCUUUGAACGUUUAACUAGCGACUUGGCGAAGAUAGCUCAAGGGAGGCAAGCCAUAGUCCUCUCUGAAGCCAAGCAUCAGGGGCUGCCAAGUUCUCUCAUGUCACUCAGAAAGAUGCAUUUCUUGUGUUCAGGUCCCUGUGUAAGCUUUCAAUGAAGCCCCUCUCUGAUGCACCCCUAGAUCCUAAGUAAGUUCAGUGUUCAUACAGUAGAGAGACAUAUCACGGCUGUAGCAUUUUUAUUUAUUUAGGUUACUCUGAAAAUAAUGAUUCCAGGAAUGAAAUUUCUCCGCAUGCUGGAUGUAACAAAAGUCAGAAGUGUUUACAGUAUUGAAUUAUGAUUCUCUCAAAGAAAUGUCAGGCAUCAGCUACAGCUGUAAAAGCAUGAAAGUCAACUACCCUCAUACAUAGACUUGCUACAAGUCAACCACUCUCAUAAGUUCUUGAAAUCGAGCGAAGCGAGCUUCAAUGAGGUCGUGCAGCAAGGGCUUGUUUCACCUGAAUGGAUUUGUAUCAUAUUAUAAAUUCACAUGGGAAAAAUGAUUGACAUGUGCUGUGUUGAGAAUUAUGUCAAAUAUUACUCGCUCUCCUAUUGGUGAAUUGUCUUGACAAACAGGAAAAGUCCCUUAAAAUGGUAUAACCAACCAGGACAAAGAUAAAGGACUUUUAGAAAGUCUAUCGCAUACAGUCUUUACACUCCCUCCCAGGGCUCAAAAAAAGUCCUCUUCAGUAGUCCAGGACAAGUAGAUUUUCUUGCUGGGCAAGUAACUUUUAAAGCUCACUUACCCAAUGGGCAAGGGUCUGGGCAAGUCAUCCCCUAACAAAAUUAUUUACUAAGAUGAGCAAGAAGUGGCCUUGGGCAAGCAAAAUAAGAGAGCUGCUUGCCCAAAGGACAAACUGGAAUUCAUGUUUUUUUCAAACCCUGCUACCCCACCCUGCUGUGGUCCACAGGUCAUCUUCAGGCUAUUCUCCUAUCUGAUAUCCGGGGAUGUGCCCAGUGGGGAAAACUAAUUCUCCAAUUUUGCAGGCUACUUCCAUAAAUAAGGAACACUGUUUGUUUUUAAAAAUUCUUUCCUCUGUUUGUAAAGUAAGAAAUGUGAUGUUGUAGCCUGUAGUGAUUUUACUGUUAUUAUAAUGAAUUGUCUGUAACUGUUCCUGUUGCAGGUCUCAUGAGUUGCGAUCCAAGAUUCUGUCCUUGGAACUGUUGCUGUCCUGUCUUCAGAAUGCAGGACCAGUGUUUUGUACACAUGAGAUGUUUGUGACAGCCAUUAAACAAUACCUUUGUGUAGCAUUGUCCAAGAAUGGUGUUUCCUCUGUUCCUGCUGUUUUUGAACUGUCAUUGGCAAUCUUCCUAACACUGCUGUCGUCGUUCAAAACACAUCUCAAAAUGCAGAUAGAGGUUCGUGCCCAGGCCUUUCCAUUUGUCUUUCUUUAGUUUUAUCACUGUUUCAGUUUGUCAGUCAGGCCUACAUGUAGGAGUCAGAAAUUAUUUCUUUAUGGAAAUUUAUGCAAAUCAGCAAAUUAUAAGUAAUAUAUGGCUCCAUCUGUCAUUCAGCUCUCCUCAACAUGGUAUAUCUAUGUGUUUCUUUCUGUUUUGCAGGUGUUUUUCAAGGAGAUCUUUCUUAACAUCCUAGAGACAUCAACCAGUUCAUUUCAGCACAAGUGGAUGGUUAUGCAGGCACUAACAAGAAUAUGCUCAGGUGUGCACAUACAGUGUAAUGUGGUGAUGUGUCAUAAAUUUUGUGCUAUACUUGAUUUCUAAAGAUGUGGCCUUCAGCAUAGCCUGUGUCCCAGAUGAAACUAAACUCUGGUUAAGUCCAUCUGCGAAAAAGUGCUGGAAUCCUCGUUCUGGGCCACAGCUGUGUGUCAGGAUUUUAGUAUACACCAUGAUUGGCCUGUUAAACAUGCCAUUGUCGUGUUGCCAAUCAAGAUGAAAGGAAAUUCGAAACAUACUUUCUUAGGUUGUUGAGUCUGUUGGGGGCCAAGGAUAAGGAUAUAAGCACUGCCUGGCAAAUGUUACUGACCAAGGUUAAAUUAGCAUAAAUACUGGGAAAGAAAGUGUCUGAGUUCCCAACAGGGGAAGUAAAGACUUUUCUUGCCUUUCUCCAGUUCUCCUCUCAGCUUGUUUUCAAGUCCUACUGAUCCUCUAAUGGCCUUACUUAAAAGGGGCUGUUUAAUGUCUAAUGGAACACUUGUGGCAUGUUUCGAUCAAGGACAAAUUUUCAAGUUUCAAAUUGAAAUAUCACAGAUUUUGUUCCCCAUUCCCCUGUUCUGCCCACUUAAUUUCUUCCUUGGUGCUUUACCUCUACAAGGAUCUCUCAAGAAUAAGAUAUAUCAGGGGAUUAGGAGAUUGGAGAGUGCAAAAUCUCAAAAUGGCUGCAAGAUGCCAAGAUGUCCAUGCUUGUAGCCUAAAAUAAUGUGCUUCCUGCAUACUUCUAAAAUCAACAUUUCAACCAGUACUCAUCAUAAAGAUUGAAGGCAUGUGUGGCCGAGUGGUUAACACCUUGAACUCUGGACCUGGAGGGCGGGGUUCAAGCCCCGCCCAUCACGUUUUUACCUUAGACAAGGAACUUUACUCCACUUUGUCUCUCUUCACCCAGGUGUAUAAAUGGGUACUGGUGACAUACUGUUGGGGGGUAACCCUGCGAUGGACUAGCAUCCUGUCCAGGGGGGAGUAGCAAUACUCCUUAGCUUGUUUCAUGCUACGGAAACUGAGUUAAGCUCUGGCCGUUUGGGCCUUUGGCUUGUGUGCGCCUUUACCUUUUACCUUACCUAAUUAAGAGACUAGAGUACCUAUAACAUGCAGAACAGUGACAUGAUCCUUUGUUUCACUUUAGAUGCCCAAUGUGUGGUGGACAUCUACCUCAACUAUGACUGUGAUCUGUCCCUGUCAAACAUCUUUGAACGUUUAACUAGCGACUUGGCGAAGAUAGCUCAAGGGAGGCAAGCCAUAGUCCUCUCUGCCACUCCAGUAAGUUGAUCAAGGUGGUUUUCUUAGCUUUCCAUACUGUCUCAAUUAAAAAAGAAAGGGGUUUAAGCCCUCUUGACAUAGGUAUAUCCUCUUCUUACACCUUAUGUUUAUGUCACAAUUGAGUGUGUGUGACACCUACUUACAUCCUCCUCUUUCAAACCUGGUGUUUAUUUGGAGCCGCACCUUUAAUAGAGAAAAUAGAGUAAAUAAAAUAAUAAAUAAGGGUCUUGGAGUCUUUGCAGGCGCUCAUUCACCAUAACUCAUUGUGUGUUGUUUUUAUUUUAGGUGCAAGAGAAAAGUAUGCGGCUCAAAGGUCUUGAAUGUUUGGUUUCAAUACUAAAAUGUAUGGUGGAGUGGAGCAGAGAACUUUAUCUCAACCCUAGUUCUUAUGUGGCUAACAACUCAGGUAUGUUUUUUAAUCUUCUCUUUUCUUUGAUGGACUUACAUGUAACUGGCUUCAGCCUGUAGGGUACAUUUACUUAUAGUCAUUCUCCACCGACAUAUAAAAACGUGGCUGUGUGUCAUAUAAUCUUUUAUGGUAUUCAACAACCAAAUAAAAUCCAGUUAAAGAGGUUGUGUUGGACUAAGUCGUAAUAACUUACUUGUUCCAUAUUAUAAUUUUACCAGCUUUUCUGGACACAGGCCUGUCCAGAGGGAGUGGGCACGAAUGGGACUCAUAGGUCCCAUGCAAGGUGCCAUCCCUACCCAUCCUUAUCCGAGAAGACUAGAAAGUCUAACCAUUUGCAGAUGUCAUUACAAAGGCAGCACUUUCUUCUCAGUUAUAAAAAGACCCUGAGUGCUGGUCUGGCCGGGAUUUGAACCCGUGACUUCCUGCUUGGCAGACCAGCGCUCUCCCAACUGAGCUAACCAGGCGGCAUUUCAUAGCAAAUUAUGAAAUAUUAUCUCAAAGAUUUAAUUUGUAGUCUCAAUGGUUAAACCCGUCUCUACAGUACAGUGGGGGUUGUAAACAUUGUGGGUGCAUUCAUUAACGCAAAUGGUAGUACACUGCAUACAACCUUUGCUGUGCCCUUUUGUGUAGUCUUGCACGAUUUUGUGUUUUUUUUUUGCUUUAAGUAAGCUCUGCUCUCUGUGAAAUUAAUCCUAAUGCAAUAUUAUGGUCACGUUUCAUGUUAUGAUUUUUUAACUUACUUGGCAUAGAUACACCUGGUUUGAGGAGAAAAUCAAGUCUUACUGAAGCAGACGCAGAAGAAAUAGGAGAGAAGACAAGUUUACCUGGAGAUCGACUCAGCCUUGGAUCAGAUCUCAAAUCAUUUGGUGGCAGCCAAGGAUCACUAAAUUCGUCGGCUUCAACUGUUGCACCUGAUAAUCCUAAACAAUUUGAAUCGCUAAAAGAGAUGAAAGGACUCAUGGAACAAGGAAUUGAAAAGUAAUACGCUAACUACAGCUAGUUAUGACAAGUUUACCUAUGCAAUUGCUGUAUUCAGAAAUUUAGACUUCAAAGCAUAGGGUACUUACUCCAAGAUACUGUAGUUCCGUACACCUUUGAUGACACUCCAUGAAACUAAUAGUGAUAUCUUUUGUGUUUAUUUGAAACUGGUUUCCCUGCUUUCCUUUUCUGUUUCCUCUUCUCUUUUUCUUUGUCUGAUACAGAUUGGUUUUUAACAAUUUUGUCGCAUCAAAAUUACUCCCCAUCUCCAUUUGACAGUGUCAAUGUAUAAGAAGAUACUUACUGGUAACUAUCGUUUUGUGUGUAGAUUUAACAAAAGUCCAAAGAAAGGAGUUAAAUACCUUCAAGAAAAUGGCCUCUUAGGUCCUGAACCUGAAGACGUUGCAGAACUUCUUCAUACAGAUGAAAGGCUUGACAAGGUAUUUUGAUUGGUUCUAGUUGUUUGUGUUAUUCAUUUUGAAGAGUCUCACUGCUAUGACUGAAUUUUGAACUUACUUUUUUAUUUCAGAAUCAAAUUGGAGAACUGAUCGGAGACAACGAUCUGUAAGCGUUUUCUUCGUUUUACUAUGAUGUAGUGGUUGUUGUAAUAACUUUCUGUCAAAAGGAAAAAUUUUUAUCUCGUUCAUAGAGUUAUUUUGAAGGAAUGCUGUCUAGUUCUUUCUUUUGGUCUUUGUAGUAAACACCUAUGGUCUUAUUACAUGUAUUUCAGGAAAUAUUUCAAAGAUAUUGUUUUUAGAAAAAAAUAAGAAUCCUUUUUAAUUGUAGAUUGUAAAGCAUGUGCAGAUGAUCACAACUUCUUUCCUGAUGAUUGUGUCUUUGUUUUUUGUUUAGUUUCAGCAGGGAAGUGAUGUAUAGCUACAUUGACAAGUUCAACUUCACAGACAUGGACUUUGUGACAGCCUUACGGCUGUUUCUCAACAACUUCCGUCUCCCUGGAGAAGCUCAGAAAAUUGAUCGUCUCAUGGAGAAGUUUGCCAGUAGAUAUCUAGAAACUAAUCCAAGGUAACGUCAUACAUAACUAAAUAACAUUGACACCUAUGCUUCUUAUUGUUUAAUGUUAAGAACAGCGUUGCAAUACUAGUUAACCUGAUUGGUUGCAGCCUUAAACUUCUCUGACAAUGGAAAAGUGUAUACUUGAAAUCAUUGUAUGGCUGGAUCCGCAAGUGCACAAGAUGCAGCGAUUCCUGCAUUCUGAUUGGCUACCCGAGCAGGCAAGAUAGGCUCAGCUUGCCCACGUGGUAUUUCCUGGAUUGAUCCUGCAAGAAAGUUCCUGUAUUGAUCAAGCUUGUUCGGCCAAGAUGGCUGAAUAAUUGCCUUGUUCUUUUUUGCGCAAAAAAGAUUUUAGCUAUGAUCCAGCCCAUUUGACCUCACGCUUCGUCCAUAACGCUUGUGUACCAAUUGCUUCAUUCCAUAUAUUUGACUAGAAUUUGGUAUUAACUUUGUUUCACGUAGAGUAAAUGCUGUGGGCCCAGUUGUUCGAGCGACAAUUGUCACUAACCUAGUGAUAACUUUCACUCUAGUUUCCUGUUUAUUUAAUCCAAAAGUAUUUUCCUCAUUCUGUCAAUUUUAACUAGAUAUUUCAGAGCAUCCAAAAAGAAAAUUUGGGGCAAAAAUAAUUUAAAGAAAUUGCUUCAUAAUUUAUAUUCAGUUUUUGUGCUAACCUAGAGUAACCCAGGGUAACGAAGCCCUGAUCUUUUAGUAAUGUUUAAAACAUAAACAGCAGUGAUUUCUCACGGGUUAGCAAUUCUCCAGACUGAUUGCCAUUCAUUUCUUUAAAGAAGUAGUUGAGAGAAUUUAAUAAAAAAAUUGGAGCACUUUCCCUUUGGUGAUCAUUUUAUCAAAUCUCGUAACCUUUUCUUUUGAUUAUGCACUGAUACUGUUAGAAGAAAACUGUAGUCGGUCAUUCUUGGGACCUGGGGCCUGUUUCUCGAAAGUCCCGAUAAUUAACGGGCCCGUUAAGCUGUUGCCGUUGACAUUAAAGAUCGAGGUUUCAAUAGUUUUACAUCUAACAUGAUAAAACCAUCAGUUAAUGAAACAAAAUGGAGUAGUUUGCUAGCCAGGAUCCGCGCUCUUACUCUUUAUAUUUCGAUUUGAAUAGUUGAUUUCGGACCCGAAAAGUUACUGGGACUUUCAAGAAUCGGGCCCCCGAAGAGUUAAGGCAGACAAAUGUGGUUUGUAGGUGUAUCAUAAUAUGCUAAUGUGAUAUUUACUUCCCUGUUUCAGUAAUGAAGUGUUUGCAAGUGCUGAUGCAGCCUACGUUUUAGCAUUCUCCAUUAUCUUGUUGACAACUGAUCUACAUAAUAACCAGGUAACUACUGUUACUUAGUGUUGAAAAAAUAUGAGGUACUGGAUACAGUCCAAUGGCAAUAAAAUAUUAGCAUCCGUUCGUUAUUCAUCAACUGUGCCCCUGAUCAUGUGCAUAAGUUACAUGUUACAUAAGUUACAUAAGUCUUCACUUCUAUUAAAAUAUCACCUUGUCAAGGUAUAUGUUACAAGUUCAAUAGAUACACAGAGCUCUCAAUAAAAAUUGAAGUAGCCAGCAGGUUUGAUUAGAGUAACUGACCGUAUCAACCAAGGGCCAUUGUCUCCCCCAAAAUUUUAAAAUUUCUAAGCCCUAAACUGUUUUAUUCAAGUUUCGGUUUAUCAGCCACACAAUCAACUCCUUCAAGCAAUUAACACAAAUGACGGUAAUUCAAUUACGUACAUUUGCUAGUGAACAAAUUCUGGGUAAAUCUAUGUAAAAAGGUGUGGGAAAUUGACUGAAAUACGAUAUUGACAUUACUAAUGCGUACCAUAAAUCCAGUGUUUCUUUAUGAAUUAAAAAACACAUCAUAAUUACGUUUUCAUUGAGAUGUUAACUAAGAUAUAUUUUUUGUUUACGAUAAUGUUAAAACGUCAUAAUUGCUUCUUCUUACGCGAAAAAGGUAACCGACUUCUCUGAGCAAAGUAGCCGACGCGUUUCGUCGGUCGUCGGUACUUAUUGAAAGCCCUGAUACACUGCAUGUACAUGGCGUUCAGUGGUCUUUUACUCCCUUUUUUUGGCAAAAGAAGAGUUAGAAAUACGUUGAGGUCAAUUUUUGUUUUAUCGAUAUUUUGCUUCGUCACCAUCUUCUUUAUGUUGAUAAAGUCAGGUUGUCAAACCUCUGUAUUAAAUUGUUAGCCUUUUAUCUUAAACGGUCAUUUGGCCAUUCCUCAAGGGUGACCUCUUAAUACAGGCUUGACUGUAUUCUGUUUUGUCCUUGUACGUGUACUCUCAUUGGUUAGCAUAAUAAUUUGUUGAGUGCAUACGGCAAAAAUAUAUAUUUCAGUGAAUACAGUGUCGAGGGACAGGAAACCACGGUGAAAACUUUUUGUUGCUUUGCAGGUAAAAAGAAAGAUAACAAAGGAACAAUACAUCACAAUGAACAAAGGAAUCAACGACAGCAAAGAUUUACCACAAGAGUAUCUUGAGUCUAUUUAUGAUGAGAUUUCACAGAAUGAGAUCAAAAUGAGAAGUGCUCCAAAAAACACCAAUAGAUACAGCACUAUAUGUAAGUAGCAGAAGCUUCCUCAUACCAAAAUAUAUAAGCUGAACGUUUCGUCGUUGUUGUUUUUUAUUACUUCACGACUGUUAUUGCAGAUGGUUUUCAUGUUUAUGACUAAAUAUCCGGAAUUUUGAACCCUUGGUUGUCCUAAAGUGACCGGAUCUUGGGCUAAAAUACGUGUUGCCUUCCAGUAACCUUUCUUACACUGAAUCCGCCAGCGGGCAAGAUGAAACUAAUCCUGCGUUCUGAUUGGCUACCCCAGCGUGCAAGGAUUUCUCGCUUUGGUCCCUCAAGAAAAAGUUCUCGUUUUGGCCAUACAAUAAAUUCUUUAUUGACCAAGCUUAUUCGGUCAAGAUGGCUGGAUUUUGGCAUCGUUCGGUUUUGCGUUUUUUAUUGAAGUCGAGGAACUUAGCCAAUAUCCAGUCAUCUUGACAUCACUCUUGGUCAAUGACGCAUAUACAGUGCUUUACCACUGUUCAACUGACUUUACUGUUAGGAAUUCUUGGUUACCCUGUCCCAUUGGUUUUUUCGUAUUUCUGCUCAUCCAUUUUUCAGUAACUCGAUGUUAGGGUUCAUUUUUUGGGAAGCCAUUUCAAAGUCUCAAUGUUCUAGUUGCCUUGGUCAAAGUUAUUAAAGUGGAAUGAUUAUGAAACCCAUUAGAUUCCUUUUUUAUAUUUUUUUGUUAGCUCUUUUGGACCUGACCAUACAUAACGUUCAAUAGCAUUCCUAUCAUUUUGAACUUCUUACCAUCGCAUUGAUUUAUUCAGUCACAAUUUGUGAACAAUAAACAAAUGUCAAGGACAAAGACAUACCGGAGGACAGACAGGGAGCAGUAUACAAGAUCAAAUGUUGCGACUGCCAGGCUUCUUACAUUGGUGAAACCGGCAGAAACCUAAGCACGCGACUGACCGAACACAAACGAGCGACGAGGAAUGGUGACGUCAACAAUCACAUUGCUGAGCACCAUUUACAGACGAAACAUAAAAUUGAUUGGGACUCUGCGACAUGUAUAACGCAUUCUACAGACUACUAUCAACGUCUUACUUUAGAAAGCUGGUUUACUAACUUAGAACAAACGCCACUGAAUCGUAGCCAACAGUUACCAGCGCCGUACAAACGACUUAUUGACGAGAUCAAGCAAAACUAACUACGAGAGAACGACUGGAGAACUGACAAUUUGACUAACAAUAGACGGAUCGAAACGCACCAUUUACUGAUUACGAGUCUUCAUAGCCAAUAAUAUCACGGCUUAACUGACAGACGACCCAUAACAUCGCGACAUAAUUGACCAAUCAGAUCAAUAACCAGAGUUUAAUACCAUCAACUGACGUGAUACAACUCACUUUGACUCUGAAGAUGACUACCGCACAGUUUGUCGAAACGUCAGUCACUGUCAACAACAAUAGUCCUAUUCAGGACUACGUUCACCCGGACGAUCAAACUCAACCUACUUUUGAAAUGACUCCUGGGUUCAAACCUUUCUCCAUAAACAAAGGAUUGCGCACGGUCAGGGAGAUUCCAACAUAAACUACAGCACCGUUGUUUUCCACUUUGAUGUUUGCUUGUUUUCAUAACCAGUCUCCUCUACUAACUAUGCCUUGGUUAAAAAGUAAACAAGCUUCUCACAAUGCCUGGGCAUGUUCAGCUGCAUCCGAGAUCUGCAUAGGAUAGGCGAACCCAAUAAUUGUUUUAUUAUUCAUUCAAAAUAAUUUAUACGUUAACAUGCUUGCCUCGAUCGAUGUUAAGUUCUCGUCGUCACUUUUUCUGUUCCUCGGUAAAUUCGAGAUAUAAAGGAUGUUUAGCGAAGCAGAUAUUCUUCAAACAGCAGUUUUCAUCCACUGAGUUGUAGUUUUGCUGUUUUUACUAUGUUUUUAAGGCAGAGGUUUGGCUGUUUCUUCUUCACAAAGUUUAACGCUAUUUUCUUCAGCUCUACGUAAACCACUGAGCUAACCCAACCACGUACCCAGGGCUUCUCGAGUGCCGUCCAUUUUUCUGGCAAUAGCCUGUACUAUUGACGUCAUGUUACCGAAUAUUCGCUAACGUCUACAAAAAUUUGGUCAACGCUAGCUGGUUUAAACGAAUAAGCCGAGGGAUUUGAGGCAGUCAAUAAUGAUAUUAACUUAUUUAUUUCUUUGUUCCAGAUCUUCAGAAUGAAAAACAGAGGCGACUUUUGUAUUAUCAAGAAAUGGAGCAAAUGGCGCAGACGGCCAAGACCCUGAUAGAGGGAGUGAGUCAGAUACAGACCACGUUCACUUCUGCUACUCAUGUGGAACAUAUUAGACCCAUGUUCAAGGUAUUUACCCCUUUUUGUGAGUAUUUAUUCUGCAGUGCAAUCUUGGUAUAUCAAACUGUCAAGAGUCUGGAAAAAUCGUUCGUUAUAACAAUACAUCAGGGUGUUGUGCCAUAAAUUGCUUUAUAAGAAUGUCAUUCGUUAUACCGAUGUGUUGUUUGCCACAUGUGGUGUUCGAUGCUUACCUCUGGCCUUACUUAAAUUUAUCGAUCUCACCGAUAGUGAAGGCUGCAACGAGAUAUAAUAUUGCCCUUUUCAUUGACCUUUAUUUUGUGUUUAUGUUUUUACAGGUGACCUGGAGUCCGUUCCUCGCAGCAUUUAGUGUAAAUCUGCAGCAUUCGGAUGACCAGCAAGUGGCUUCGCUAUGUUUGGACGGCAUUCGUUGUGCAAUCAGAAUUGGAUGCAUAUUUGGAAUGCAGGUAAUGUCAAGUCUGCAAUCGACAUUUUCUGGGCAAAUGUCCUUGGGACUGUGAUGCAAUAUCCGUAAUUAUGUGUGGUUUCUGGGGGCCGAAAGUGUCGAAAAUAUCCGUGGCAUCUCUCCUUCUCUCCCUACCCUUUGCAAUGAUGAAAGUGGGGGAACCUUCUGGAUACACGUGUUUGUGGGGGUGAGGGAAGGGGUUGGGCAUGUGUGAUUUGAAAAAAGCCCCAGAAAUGCAAAUUUUAUCUCAAGAGUUUUAUCCAUGAUUUUGGGUGCAGUGGUUGCAGUUUACAUUUCCUGUAUGAUUCGGCGUAAUACAAAGUGUCCUUUUUUUUCUUUCUUACAAUUAAACCUUCGUUUACAUACUGGAUGAAAAGUUGGUGUCACUGUCAAAAAUUAAAAGAAUAAGACAUAGUGGUUGGCAACCAGAAUGAAAUUUUGUCUCUGCUGGCAAGGAGACUAUGAAUCAACACGAGCUGUCACCUUGUUUCAGUCGAAUCAUCGCUCAGGCUUCGUCCAUUCGUUUUUGAGUAUAUUUACACAAAAACGCUAAAGCGUUGGAAAUACAAUUACAUGCCUUACAAGGCAGGUAGAUCGCUUUUCGUUACAUGAAAAACUAUUUUUGUGUGUUUGCAUUGUACAUUUCAGUUGGAGCGUGACAGUUUUGUACAGGCCCUGUCACGCUUUACACUCCUGACAGCAACAGCAGGACUGCACGAAAUUAAAACCAAGAACAUUGACACCAUCAAGACUCUAAUCACUGUCGCACAGACAGACGGGAACUACCUUGGACGGGCUUGGCAUGAGGUACUUAAACUAUAAGCAAAAAUGAGGUCUUGAUUGUAUAACGGGAUUGAAUAGGAAGCGAUAAUCAAAUAAACACCUCUACGCCCAAGUUUAUCUAAAGGAAAUUUGGAGAAGUAAAGUAACCUCCAAGUCUUUCAAUAUGUAAAAAAGGUUUAUCGUCAGUUUGGUAAUUUAUCCAAGUAGACGAAAAUGGUCGUUCCUGCGGGGAUUUUGCAAGCUAUCUCUAUGAGACCAAAUCAUUUCCGCCAAAAAUAAAGCCUUCUACACUAAGGGUAGAGCGUGCUUUGCUUAUAUCUUACCGAUCUAUUUCUUUUGCGCUCCAUGUUUGUGUUAUAUCACUUGAUCUUGACGUGCGUUGUUUAUCUUUCUUUUGUAGAUACUGAGAUGUAUAUCUCAGCUCGAACUAGCUCAGCUGAUUGGAACAGGUGUAAAAAGUAUGGGACCCACAGGAGGGGUGGGGCAAGGUGCUAAUACUCCUGUGGCUAUGGGUACCACUGGCCUUGCUCCCUCUCAAGCCCAUGAAUUGGUGAAUGGUAAGAAAUCUAUAAUUUACCCAAAUUUCUGCCAUCAAGGUGCGCAUGCUGUAGUGACCAUUUGUGUUUUUUCGUUUCCAUAUUUCGUCAGAUCCGAAGAAAAUAGCUUACAUUCAAGAAACUGUUGGAGAGACAAGUUCUCAAAGUGUUGUGGUCGCAGUGGACAGGUAGGAGCUUUAAAGCAAUUUUUCUUGAAAUUUUUCCGUUGAAAGUUUACCCUGCGAGCAGAGGUUUCUUUCUUGCAUGGCUUUUAGGGCUUUUGAAUUCGUUCGCGUCGCUUGUCAGUCGCGUAGUUGGUUUGUUUUAUAUCUCCCCCAGGGUAUUUGGAGUUUGAAACCACCUAUUAAUUGCUUUCCUUUUAUUCCAUUUCGCUUAGAAUUUUCACGGGAUCCACAAAACUUGACGGAGAUGCUAUAGGUAAGUAGGUAGCUUAUAUAAGAUCAAACUGCUGCACAGGUAUGGAGGAAGUCAUAAUUUUUUCUGACAGCGCAUUCAUGAGAACGCCCUAAAACAGCUUCCCCUUUCGCUUAAAUAAUGACUGAUUAUCAUAAUAUCAUUUACUAGUAUUGAUAUUAUUGUUAUUGUUGUUGUUGCCGUUAUUUUCCUACCACUUUCUUGGAUCACCACUUUUUCAAGACCAUAAUGCACCUUGUUUAUCCCCCCUAAAAAGAAAAUUUGCAUAACCAUUAUUUCCAGUUUCUCCUGGGUACUGCAGUCGUCCCAAGGGAAAUCGAAGACGAUGGUUAUGCAAAUUGUUUGGGGUAAACAAGUUGCAUUAUGGUCUAGGUGAAAAUGGCGAAUUGGCCCUGUGAUACUUGCAAUCGAUGGAACUUUUUAUUUUUUUAAGUGUAAAGUUACAGUAUUCGACUUUGACGAAAGAAAGUCUUUGGUUCCAAUUUAUAUAGCAACACUCCUAACCCUAAAUAGAAGCUAACCUUUUCGAGUCAGUGCUUAGUCCUAAUCACUACUUUCAGUGCUUUAUCCUAAGCAAUUUAGUCAGAAUCCCGUAUGAAUAGCAAAUACAAGUCCGUGUACGGGUCCUGUACGAAAAGCCACUGGAUUGAAAUUAACUCCCUAAAAUAUAAUGAAAGCUGGUUCUCCUGAUUGUAAAGUGAAAAUAGUAACAUUUGCAUCGGUGUUGCAAUCAUUCAUGGACUAAUUCCCGUUUCCUUUUGUCUGUCUAGUGGACUUUGUACAAGCACUGGGUGCAAUCUCCUCAGAUGAACUCGCCAACCCAACCCAUCCCAGAAUGUUCAGUUUACAGAAAAUCGUUGAGAUAUCUUACUAUAACAUGAACCGUAUCAGGCUUGAGUGGUCCAGAAUAUGGGCCGUGCUCGGCGAUCACUUUAAUAAGGUACGGCAGCGUUCUGUAACCGAAUCUGAAAUGCCCAAGGUUAUUUCACUCCGGGUGACGCUGAUUUUGCAGUGCUGCUUUGAACGGAAUUGAUUGUCUAAAUCAUCUCACAUCGCUUUCUCAGCCGCGCUUUAUACCUGUUACGUUGUAUUUGUUUUGAGGUUUGAUUGGCACAUUGAAUUGUCUUAAGUACUUGUGAUUGCUCAAAUCAUAAGAACUUGGAGCAUGCUUUUGAAAGCCUCUGCGAAUUUCGCGCGCCAGUUUUUCAACGAGUAAGAAGUCCAAAAGGGCUAACGGAUAAAUUUUAUGGCUUUAUAAAGUCGAGAAAACGUCCUACUUUUGUGAUUGAUCCCUAUUUAAAAGACAGUGCAUUUACAGCAGUUAAAAGGAUGUAAAGUUCUAAACAAGGUAUAUGAAAGGGGUACCAUUUGUCAAUAGAAGGUAUAUGAAAGGGGUGCCUGGUACAUAAAAGGGUAAGGGAUUGGACCUCACCUCGGAGCGGAGCCUCCCCGUAUAAACAUUUGUUGAGUAUCCCCUUCCGGGCAAAGUCCUUAAUUUGAACCUGAGAUUGAUCAAGAUGCAGUGCGCUAAUUCGGCUUAUUGAUCGAGCAUGAAACUGAAUAAAUUGAAUGACUUUGCUCAAGAGAGGAUAAAGGGGAGAGAAGGCAUCCCCCAUACACACCCUAUUCCAAAGGUAAUUGGUGUUUAGUUAUUUUUAAGACCAUAGAUCCCAAGGGGGAUUAGACAACAGCCAAUCACAUAGCGCGAAUGUGUUUCGCGUGGAUGACCCACGCUCAGAGCCACGCGUCCUUCACGAAUUGACGCAGAAAAAAAUGGCAGAAGACGCGGAGAGCGAUAUUGCUAUUUGUUUUAUCGACGAAAACGACUAAAGAGAUAUUUCUGCUAAAGCUGUGUCAGCGAAGCGGAAAUUAAAAAAGAAUCGCCCUUCCACUCUUGUAUAGAGCUAAAAGUACAGCAGGGAAAUCCUUGACACACUGAAUAUUCUCUCAGGAUCAUUUAUAAUUUACAGUUUGAAGAGAGCAAUUUCUGGUUUGAUAUUUAUUCUUUUAUUAGUCUUUUAUUAUUCAACAAAAAUAACACUUGGCGUCCUAUUUGCUUUAUUAUACAAACGACCGGUUUCAAUAGACCGGCGAAAUAUAUCAUUUUAUUAAAGCACUGAGGUUACGACAACUUCGAGUUAAACUGAUUUCACGGGGUUGUCAAAGAGUCUAGCGAUUCCCUUUUCCCAGGUGGGCGCCGACUCAUUUCGCUUCAAUAUUCAGAAAUGCUCUCGAUCUCUUUACGCUCUCAUUGCGUUUCGCCCGACAUGUUUUGCACGGCGUUUAGUCAUGCGAAACCUCCACGAAACAUCCACGCAGCGCGCGAGGUAACUUUAUCCCUAUUCUAAAAAUAACUCAAGACGAAUUACCUAUGGAACAGGGCGUAUAUGGGGGAUGCGUUCUCUGUCCCCUUUAUCCUCUCUUGCUUUGCUCUAUUUCGCUAUUUAUGGGACGCAUCUGAUCUAUUAGUCAGGGGACGCGUAUUAGAUAGGGGCGUCUAAAACCAAAUUAACAUCGUAGAGGGGGCUUUUGUCAGGCAGGAGGCGUUUAUUUGAGAGAAGGCGUCUCCUAGCUCAUUUACGGUAUCACAUUUCAUCGUACGGAUGCAUAUGGCCAGGGAACUUGUCAUUAGAAUUUCUUAAAAUCCUAAAAGCAUCCAUUUCUUUUAGUGUGGCUGUAAUCCUAACGAAGAUGUUGCGUUUUUCUGCGUGGACUCCUUGCGUCAACUGGCUAUGAAGUUUUUGGAAAAAGGGGAGUUGCCCAAUUUCCGCUUUCAGAAGGAUUUCCUCAGACCCUUUGAGUACAUAGUCAAGAAAAACAGGUAAGUGAUCCUUUCCGUUUAAGAACCUUAACGCGUCGAAGUACGUGUAAAUUAAAACACAAUAGGGAGUCGUUAGUAAUUGAGAGCUUUAGAUUCGAGCAUUCGAGGGGCGACUGCGAGGACGAAAAUUAACUUUAGGUUUUCUUCGUGUAUCCUUAAAAAAAUAUACCUCGGAAAGCUUCUUUGUAAUUUUUUCACCGCGCACUGUUAAUUUUAUUGAAGCUAGUUAAGCCCGCUCCCAUUAUCCCAAAAUGAUAAAACUUCUAGCAUUCGAUAACCAUAAAUUAUUUCUGCCACUAUGACAUUCUCGCUAAGACUCUUAGUAGAAUGACUACGGCUGUCGCGUUUUCCCGGCCAAAAUGACGCUGGUUCACGCGCACGCACUACUUGAUACUGAAAUAAUCUCGUAAUCCUAGUAGUACUUCUCGUGGAAUCUAAAGAUCUCAAAUGAGGGGACGACAACUACGAGUUUAUUUCAUGCUCGUAUUCGUACUUGUAGUUAAAUAGGGAUGAUUGAGCAUACGUGGAUGCUAUCACCGAAUUUGCAAUUAGCUAGAAGCAAAUACUUGCUUGCUUGCUUGUAACAGCCUCGAAAAUGACCAAAAUGUUUAAAAAACUGCCAAUAAGAGCGCUUCAAUACAUGCUUAUCAAAUCCUUUUUUCUAUCAAUGGGCUAAAGCUAUCCCCAUGAUCCUUUACAAGCGUUUUUAUAAAGAUUGAAACUCUUAUGUUAUGAAAUUGCAUUUCAAAACGCUUCGUUUUCUUUAAAUAUCGGCCGAACAUCACGGUUCUUAUAACUAAGGGUUUUUCAGUUAAAACCUAACACAGUUAAAAUCAGGGAUAAAAAAACGACCUUUCGACCGAUCUUCGGUCAUUUUCAAGAAAGUAAAAAGUUAAAAGAAUUAGCAUAAUUAUAUAUGUGUAAGGUGUAAAAAUAUGUUAAGAACUAAAAAAAGUGUUUGAAAAUCUAAAAGAAUGAAGUAAAGCAUGCAGAGAAAGAACAACGAUAGAAAAGAACCAUUUAAAAACUUCUGCACGACGUGAGUUUGAUUGUACAUUAAGACUAGGUCUCAUUUCAUUAAUAAAAUGAAAAACAUUUCAAACACCAGGCAGUCAAAUUUGCUUUUAGACUUCUUUAAAAUGCUAAAAUUAUUACUAAAAUCUUUAGGUGCUGAAGAAUGUUUAACGCGAAAGUGCUAGCCGAUGGAUGAACUUGCGCUUUUGUUUACCUGAAUUCGCCUGUGUAAACUGUGUUAACAUCAAGAUUGUUCAGUUUUUACUAACCAUAAAAACUUUAUCCCAGAAUUUCUCGAAAACGCUAUCAUAGAUUUUUCUGAAACCUCACGAACAUUGAGGCAGGUAUUGGAGGAACAAGCUCCCCCGAGCGAUCGUGGAAAAAAAAAAAUAAUGAAAUAAAAAAAUAAAAAUAAAAAAAAAACUCCCAAGUGCAUAGAAAAACGUCUGCAAGUAAAAUAGAUAGUUACUUCAUUUCGUUUCUAUGACAACUCCGAUGUCUACAUAAUACUACUCAUAACAAAUUUUCAUUUUUGUCUGAUAAAGCUGUGGUAAUGGUUUUUUCCGUAUUUUCUUCAAGGACGAGUAGUUAAUACUCAGACUUAGGAGGUGUUGGCCCUGAAAAAUGCAAUCGAGCCAUCUUAAGCCUGUACUCUUAAAUCGGCGACGCCUAAUACUCAUAAGCUUUAAAACUGCAUUAAUGGUCUCCUUGUCGUGAAUUAAAUAAUAUUAUUGCUCCCCUGCGAUGCGCAUGCCUACGAUUAUUUCAUAAUGCAGCCCUGAUUACAAAAUGCGUAGCUUCCAUCUAUUACAAAUGCCGCAAACCUUUUUAAUACAAAAUGCAUUAGUUAUCAUAAAAUGGCGCAAAAUAGUUGCGCCUUUAGCUUACCUUCCUUUUUCAUUUUUCUAAAACAAAAAUGGGUAGCUCGGGUGAUGGAAAACGAAAUGUGGGCAUGGUCUAAGCAAUUCAAGAGACUCGAAAAAAAAGUUCCGUGUGAGAAAUAUUCUGUUUCGUCACGCCGCCGUGACGUGUUUGAUAAUAAGCUGACAGUUCCGAAAGAAAAAACAAGACAAACAAAAAAAGAAAACAACUAAUUCUGUGUUUAUCGAGACUUAGUUGAUGAUCUUAAGGGUCCGCGAAAAUAGCUCUUUCAGCGGAAACACUUUGUUGCGAACAGCAAUUUAAAAUACGGUAAAAAUUCGACGUGCAUCAUAAAUCACAGGAAAAAGCUACCACAAAAAAAGGACAGAAAGUGAGAUUUGUCAGCGAUCCACUAUUGGAAGAAAAACAAAUAAAAUUCCGUUUGUCUUAGGUUUCGUACAAAGUUUCCUUUUUAGUCGAAAGAAUCUAAAUACACAUCUUUUUUCGAUUACGAAUUUAAUGAAUUCGCAAAUUUUGUCUCGUCGGCAAAUAAUCAUUGUCUGGAAAAUUAAAAUUUUGAGCUGUGGCAAGGUGAGCAAUCAUCAGAGUAAGGAGUUAAAUCAAUUUAGAAAAUUGGUCAACUUAUCUAAAAUGAGGCAGUUUAUUGCUGAUUAAAGAAUUUUGAAGCAUACGCGUGUAUCUUUCGCUUUUGCCUGUUUGAAUAUUUUUUAUUGUUAAUAGAAAGAUAAAAAACAGUAAUAAAAAGAGGUGAAAGAAAUCCUCAGUUACCGAUUAAGUUGCACUCAGAAGUAACAAGCUUGAAUAUUUUACCGCAAAGGAAAAAAACUUACUUACGCUACAUGUCUACAAAAGCAAGAUGGCAGUGAAACAUUCUUAUGCGAUGCGGUGUCAGUGAUACUGUAACAUCAUCGUUUUCAAAAAGUUCCGUUUUCAUCCGCCUUCCAGGUGUUCACACAACUUAAGGCAAUCCAGCGCUUUCAAAACUUUCCGUUUUGGAAAGCGUUUUAAAAAGAUGUUGCGGAUUCUUUGACCGUAUUCAUCGGAGACGCGUGGAUGGAAGUUUUUAAACUAAAGUUAAAUUUCGUAACAAAAUGUCUCGAUUCAAAAAUCCGGAUAUGUAUGGACGAUGCCUAAAUUGAUCAAAUCGCUCGAACUUCAUCAGCGAUGAAAAAUGUCACGUUACGUAACAGAAACUUCUGCCGUUUCCGAGCAUUGCCAAGCAACGGGUCAUAACAUCAACUCACACAACGUUAACGUUCUAUCUGAGGAAAACUACACCAUCAAGCGCCGCAUCAAGGAGGCGACCAUCGCCAUUAAGCAAAGAAAAGGGACGAAGGUGUGGACCUCCCGGCCAUAUACAAUCCUCUCCUGGGAAUACGCAACCUUUCUUUUACGUCGUAAUCAAACAUUUUAUAUGGCUAAUGAAGUUCCCUGGAAGAAGUUCGAGCGAUUCGAACGAAAUAUUCGAUUUUGUUUUAAAUUCUUGCUCUGAGUUUUGAAAUUUGUAUACUAGAUAACUAAAUUCGUUACUUGAAUUAUCUUGCUGAUCGAAGUUUACGUACUUACGGUCAAGCCAGGGCAAGCGUACCCCCAAGAUUCCACUAGUGAAUGUAUUAUUCAAAAGUUGAAACCUCCGUCAACUGAAUAGAUUGUUUUCAUAAGAAAGCAAUUUAGUAGACCAUCUGUUGACAAUUCAUUAUCAGAGAAAUGUAUACUCAAGGGCGAUGGACGAAAUUAUUUAACUUUUAGGUUAAUAAUCAAAUGGUUCAUGAAGGUGAAUUAUAAUCGUUCAUAAUUAACGAGGAUUCAUAUGGCUAUGUCCGCAGCCUUACGUUAAUUGAUUUUGACUUUGCCUCCAUAGCCGAUAACAUUAUAAUUUCUGUCUCUUUAUCUGUUCACAUUCGUACAGUUGUUUCUUUUCGUUUGCUUCGCGUUUCGAGCGGCGGUGUUGGAUUGUUCAGUGUUGCAUUGUUCAGUGUUCCACGACUUGUGCAGUUGCGUAUCUUUUAAGUAUUUCAAUAAGAGCUACGCGAAACUCUCUUAUUCUAAUGCAGUAGAUAAUUGGGUUGAUGAGCGAGUUAAGAAUGGCAACAAAAACUGCUGACAUUAAAGAAAUAUAUGACGCAGUUAACGAGUGUAUGAUAGAAUUUGUUAUGAGUAUUCGAACAACAAACAGGGGUAAAGAUGUCAACACUAAGGCAAAAAGUAUCAUUGUUGUGAGCUGAAAAGCUCUUUUGUCCUUUAAAAACUUUUGCCUGUCUUCCAGUGAGAUUUGGUGGGCUGCGAUUCGCUUUCUAAGACGUCGAGUCUCCUGGAGUAUCACAAUUUGACAGAAAGUAACGAUAGCCACCCAUAAGCAGCCCGUCAUAUUGUUGACAACCAAGUAAAUUUCGUUGUCUACGAAACUCAGAGGUACUGUUAGGAGGAAUGAAACAACCCACACGAAAGCGGACCCACGGAGUAAACGACCUCUAGUGACUAGGAUCUUGUACUUCAGCGAGUGCUUUAUAGCAAUAUAUCUUUCUAUGUUAAUAGCUGUUAGGUGAAGAAAUGUAGCUGCGCCCAACACCCUGAUAACGUAUACCGACGCUGCUAAUAGCGGGCAGUACGAGCUUGAUCUCUCUCCCUGUAACAGUACUGCCAGUUGUACGGCGAAAAAGGGCUGUCCAAUCACUCCCAUCACACCGUCGGUUGUCGCUAAACACGCGAGUGCAACGUUGCUCGUGGUUUUUAGGCGUGGUUUAGUUUUCACGGUGAUUAUAACCAGUCCAUUUAAAACGCUUGUUAAGGGGAGAGAGAGAAUGUUUAAGAUUAUUAGGCACAAGAGUACCGUAUAUGCCUUUCUAGUACAUUUGUUUAAACUUCCUCCCAAGAAAAUGGAAAGAUCACAGUCUGAGGCUAUCUCCUUUGUGAGGAAAGUCGCGCUUCGGUUCAUCUUUAGUUCCUUGUUUGGUUUAAAGUUCGUUUAGUCUUGUUUGGACAGGAGGGAUGCGUCGUCCGGUCUGUGUUAAACUCAAGAUUAGCCGAUCCGCUAGAAAAUACAUUUUGUUGGAAACUUGAUUUAACUGAGGAAUAUUCUCUGCUUUGAACAUCAUUUAUUGAAGUGCUUGAGAAGAGGCCGCCGUUUGAAACGUGGAACUUCACACGUGCCAGAUUUUAUGCUAAUGAAGAAAAUUGUUCUUGCUCAUUUGCAUUAGAUUCGGCAUAUGUGAAUGAAGUUCGACGUUUAAAAAAAGGCCUGUUUUAAGUAUUAAAAUACUUACCAGCCUUUUGUCAAAUACUUCAUUUAGUUUGGUCAUGAAGCACAUUUGAUCAUGUCCAAUGGAAAGUUGCGCUAUAUAAGUUUUCUUUAAUUAUUAUUAUUAUGCUCUUUUUGCCUGGUGUCUUUUCAAAUUUGAAAUGAUUGAUGAAAUGUCAAGAAAACAGUUCUCUAGAGUGAAAUCGUUUGCCCUACGUUUGGAAAAAAAACAUAAAGCGGUGGCUACUCUUCGAGCAGAGGUUUUGCUCUUGCAUGGCUUUUAGAGCGCAUCAGUACAUACCAAUCAAAUCCCUUUUUGUAGAAAUGAGCUAAAGUUAUCCUUAUGAUUCUUUACAAGCGGUUUUAAAAAGUUUGAAACUACUAUGUUGUGAAAUUGCAUUUCAAAAGCGCUUCGUUUUCUUUAAAUAUCGGCGGAACAUCAAGAUUGUCCAGUUUUUACCAACCAUAAAAACUUUAUCCCAGAAUAUCUCGUAAAAACGCUGUCAGAGAUUUUGCUCAAACCUCACGAACAUUGAGGAAGGUUUAGCCUGCGUUGCAGCCGGCCCACGCACUCGUCUAAACCAUUUGUAUAGUCAGAAGGUUUAGAGCGUCUGCGACGCAGGCAAAGGAAGGUAUUGGGGGAACAAGCUCUCGCAGGCGAUCGUGAAAAAAAAAAUAAACUCCAAGUGCAGCGGUAAACGUCUGCGAGUAAAAUUGAUAGGGAUUUUGUUUUUGCUGCUGUGCGUUGUCAACAUAACACUGCUCAUAACAAAUUUUCAUCUGUCUGAUAAAGCUGUGGUAAUAGUUUUUCCAUAUUUUCUUUAAUGACGAGUAGUUAAUACUCAAACUGAGGAGGUAUUGGCCCUAAAAUAUGCAAUCGAGCCACCUUUCGCGCUUACUCUUAAAUCUGCGACGCCUAAUACUCAUAAGCUUUAAACAUUAUUGUUUCGUACGAUUAUUUCUUAAUGUAGCCCUGAUUACAAAAUGCGUAGCUUCCACCUAUUACCAAUGCCGUAAACCUUCUUGAUGCAAAAUGUGUUAGUUAUCAUAAAAUGCCGCGAGACAGUUGCGCUCCUAGCUCACCUUCUUUUUACGUGAUUUUCGUAAAACAAAAAUGUGUAGCUCGGGUGAUAGGAAGCGAAAUGUGGGCAUGGUCUAAGCAAGAGACUCGAAAAAUAAGUUCCGUGUGAGAAUAUUCUGUUUCGUCCCGCCGUGACGUGUUUGAUAAUAAGCUGACAGUUCCGAAAGAAAGAAAAAAACUAAUUUUGUGUUUAGCGAGACUCAAGUGAUGAUCUUAAGGGUCUGCGAAAAUAGCUCUUUCAGCGGAAACACUUUGUUGCGAACAGCAAUUUGAAAUAGGGUAAAAAGCCGACUUGCAUCAUAAAUUACAGAAAAAAGCUACCACCAAAAAAAAAACAGAAAGUGAGAUUCACUUUGUCAGCGAUGCACUGUUGGAAGAAAAACAAAUUAAAUUCCGUUUGUCUUAGGUUUCUUAUAAAGUUUCCUUUUACUCCAAAAUCCAAAAAUACAUCUUUUUUCGAUCAAGAAUUUAAUGAAUAUGGAAAUUUUGUUGUCUCGUCCGCAAAUAAUAAUUGUCAGGAGCCGAUUGUCACUGUCUGGAAAAUUUAGAUUUAGAGCUGUGUCAAGGUGACCAAUCAUCAAAGUAAGGAGUUUAAAUCAAUUUAGAAAAUAUUGGCCAAGUUAUCUAAAAUGAGGCAGUUUAUUGCUAAUUAAAGAAUUUUGAAGCAUACGUGUAAAUCUUUCGCUUUUGCCCGUUUGAAUAUUUUUUAUUGUUAAUAGAAAGAUUAAAAACAGUAAAAGAGGUGAAAGAAAUCCUCAGUUACCGAUUAAGUUGCAUUCUGAAGAAACAAUUUUGAAUAUUUUACCGCAAAGGAAAAAAACUGACUUACGUUGCAUGUGUGCAAAAGCAAGAUGGCAGUGAAAUAUUUUCAUGCUAUGCGAUGCCAGUGAUACUGUAGCAUCAUCGUUUUCAAAAAGUUCCGUUUUUAUCCGCCCACCAGGUGUUCACACAACUUGGGCAAACUAGUGCUUUCAAAACUUUCCGUUCUUGAAAGCUUUUUAAAAAGAUGUUGCGGAUUCUUUGACCGUAUUCAUCGGAUACGCGUGGAUUAAACCAGAUUAAACUAAAGUUAAAAUUCGUAACAAAAUGUCUAGAUUUGAAAAAUCCGGAUAUGUAUGGACGAUGCCUAAAUUGAUGAAAGAGGUUUUUUAUCUGCUUUAACAAAUCAAUUUAGUAUACAAAUUUUAAAACUCAGAGCAACAAUUAAAAACAAAACUGAAUAUUUCGUUCGAAUCGCUCGAACUUCAUCAGCGAUGUAAAAUGUCACGUUACGCAACAGAAACUUCUGCCGUUUUCGAGCGUUGCCACGCAACGAGUCAUAACAUCCAUCCACACAAUGUUAAAGUUUUCUAGAGGAAAAUUACACAAUCAAGCGCCGCGUCAAGGAGUCGGCCAUCGCCACCAAGCAAAGAAAAGAGACGAGGGUGUGGACCUCCCGGCCAUAUACAAUCCUCUCCUGGGAAUACGUAGCUUUUCUGUUACGUCGUAAUCUGACAUUUUAUGUCGCUGAUGAAGUUCCCCGGAUAAAGUUCGAGCGAUUUGAUUUUGUUUUAAAUUGUUGCUCAGAGUUUUGAAAUUUGUAUGCUAUAGAUGCCCAAAUAGGUUUCUUAAAUUAUCUGGGUGAUCGAAGUUUAUCUACUUCAAUUAUCUAGUUUAUCUGGGUUCGAUAGCUUCAUCCAGAUAGAAAAAGUGGCUGGGAAAAUAAUUUUUUCAUGACAUAAUCGCUUCGACAGGGAGUUGCGUCUUAUCCAAAAUCGACGCAAACGUUAUUAUAUAAGAUUAUAUUAUAUUAAAACUCGAAAAAAAAAACGAAAUUGAAACCUUCGCCAACUGAAUAGAUUGUUUUCAAGAGAAAGUAAUUUAGUAGACCAUCAGUUGACAAUUCAUUAUCAGAGAAAAAAAUAUUUGAGGGUGGUGGACGAAGUUACAAUUUUUUCAACAGAGAUGGUUGCAAACGUUUCAGUUAAAAGGUGAACUGAAAUCGUUAUUAACUAAAAGAUUCAUUUGGCAAAUAUUUAGUAGUAUUUUUUAUCAAGAGGUGCCGAUGGUAUGGUUUGUUCAUCUUAUUUACAAGUAGCAUCUGAGUCGCAAUGUAUUGUUUGAUGUUGUUUCAUUUGCUUCCAUAGCCGUUAUUCCUGUCUCUUGAUCUGUUCACAGUCAUGGUAUUGUUUCUGUUUUUGUGCUUUGCGUUUCGAGCGGUGCUGCAUUGCUCAGUGUUCCAAAGGUUCGAAUUUGAGUGUUAUCAUCUUGUACACUUACUUUUCUUCUGCAGAGUAUUUUAAUAAAGGCUACGCGAAACUCUCUUAUUCUAAUGCAGUAAAUUAUUGGGUUGAUGAGCGAGUUUAGAAUGGAUGCAAAAAUAGCUGACAUUAAAAAAAUAUAUGACACAUUUUUUGAGUAUAUGAUAGAAUUGGUUAUGAGUAUUCGUACAACAAACAUUGGUGAAUAUGUUAAUACUAAGACAAAAAGUACAAUCGUUGUUAGCUGAAAAGCUCUUUUGUCCUUUAAAAACUUUUGCCUUUCUUCCGGUGAAACAUGAAGGACUGCGAUUCGCUUUCUAAGACUUCGAGUCUCCUGGAGAAUCACAAUUUGACAGAAAGUAAUGAUCGCCAUGCAUAAGCAGCCCGUCAUAUUGCUAACCAGCAAGUAAAUAUCGUUGUCUGUGAAACUCAGAGGUACUGUUGGCAAGAAUGAAACAACCCACGCGAAUGCGGACCCACGGAGUAAACGACCUCUGGUUACCAGGGUCUUGUACUUCAGCGAGUGCUUUAUAGCAAUGUAUCUUUCUAUGUUCAUGACAGUUAUAUGAAAAAAAGUAGCUACGCCCAACACCCUUACAACGUUUACAGACGUUGCUAAAAGCGGGCAGUACGAGCUUGAUCCUUCUCCCUGUAACAGUACUGCCAGUUGUACAGCGAAAAAGGGCUGUCCAAUCACUCCCAUCACACAAUCGGUUGUCGCUAAACAAGCGAGUGCAACGUUGCUCGUGGUUUUCAGGCGUGGUUUAUUUUUGACGGCGAAUAUGACCAGUCCAUUUAACACGCUUGUUAAGGGGAGAGAAAGAACGUUUAUGAUAAUAAGGUACAAUAGUACCGUAUAUGCCUCUCUGGUACUUUCAUUUAAAGUUCCUCCCAAGAAAAUGCAAAGCUCACAGUCAGAGGUAAUCCCCUUGGUUUGAAAAGUCGCGCUUAGGUUCAUUUUCAGUUCCUUGGCUGUGUUAAACUUUUGUUUCUCGUCUGGACAGGAGGAACGCGUCGUCUGGUCCGUUUUACACUUAAGAUUAGCCGAUCCGCUGGAAACUACAUGUGAUAAACUGAGUUGCUUGUUAAACGUGCUGUAAUUGUGGAAUAUUCUCUGCUUUGAACAGUUAUUGAAGUUUUGAUAAGAAGCCGUGGUAUUAAAUGUCGCACUUUACAGGUGCCAAAUGUGAUGCUAUUGAGGGAAAUGUAAUGUUCUCGUUAAUUUGCAUUAGAUUCGACACGUGUGAAUGAAGUUCGACGUUUAAAACAGGCUGAAAUUAUUUCCGGCCUGUUGUGAAAUACUUCAUUAUCUUGGUGAUGUGUUGUGCCUGAAGGCAAUUUGCCCUGCUGUCUUUUUAUAAGUAAUGCGUACACACGUUGAUGAGAUGAAAUUUAAGGGAAACAGUUUUCUAGAGUGAAAUUGCUUGCCCUACGUUUUGAAAACAAAAGAGAAAGCCAUGGCAGAGUAUUUUUCGCUAAUGGACAAUAAAUUUUAUCUUGCAUAAGUCUUUUUUCAAAACUAAACUAACCAAUAAAAUUUUCGUUACAAGCAGUUUUCGCUCAUCAUGUCAUUUGAAGUUUUGUUUGUGUAUGAUGCUUCUAUAACUUGGUGACAAUGGUAAAAUCAAAAUAAUGUGAAGACAAACGAUCCAACUUUUGAAGACGUUUCGGCAUGACUCGUGUCAUUAUCAGUUUAAUUUAUUGUUACGUUUUCCUUUGCAUGUAUACGAUACAAUGUGAAGAAGUUACAAUUUCAAAUUGGAUUACAAUGAUCAGAGUUACAAUUGUUUAAAAUAAUGAGAACCUAAAAUUACACAACGUAUCAUUGGCACGUGCUCAAGCAGGAGCGGUAACAAUAGCUGCGGAUGCUCUAGCCAUUUUACCCCUGUUACAUAAGACGCUUGCCCAAGGGGAAGCAAAUAUCUGUUUCCAAAGUGAAAUUGCGUCGGGAAAAUUUCCGUGUCCACUUCCCACCUGCACUUUCUUCCUUCUAAUUCUACGACCCUGAAAGCUUUCCCAAAAAAACUUUUUUCAAUGAAAUGAAGGCUAGUAAAUGCCAAGCCACCAAAACAGGAAAACAACGGGAUAAGUAAAGCAGGAAAAUGAAGGGAGGAGCCCUAAAAGCGAAAUUUUACGUACGGCGCAUGCCCUAACUUCGUCGGAAGGAACAAAAGGCCGAGAUGUGCUCGACCUGUAAACAAGUUGUUGGCUCCUGCAAUAUGUGCCCUUAUGUCUUCCAAAAAUGAAUUACCUUCGUUUGAAAAUUCGCAGGUCUGCUACUAUACGUGACAUGGUAGUGCGCUGUGUAGCACAAAUGGUACACUCGCAGGCUCACAAUAUCAAGUCCGGCUGGAAGAAUGUUUUCUCAGUAUUUCACUUAGCUGCAUCAGAUGAGGAUGAAGGAAUAGUGGAACUCGCCUUUCAAACUACUGGUACGUUCAUAACUUUACGUUAUUUUUAUUUCAAUUCUUCCAAAGUUUCCUAUUGAAGUGUGAAUUUGUUCUCCCAACGUAUUUGCCAAGUCUACUGAGUCUAAGUGUUUUAACGGAAGCCCGCCCCCCCCCCCCCCCCCCCCCCCCCCCACACCACACCCACAACACCCAAAACAAACAAAAAAAAAAGCACAACAAAAAAGAAAUCCCAACACCACCACUCCACCCCCCACCCCCCCCCCCCCACCCCCCCCAACCACCACCACAAACCACCAACGUCUCAGGAUCCCUCCUUCAAACUUGUGGAGACGUUAUAACGUUCCUUUUUUUUUUCUUCAACUUCUCCAAAUUUUCCUUUUGAAUUGUGUAUUUGUUCUCCCCACGGUUUUGCCAAGUCUACUGAAUCAAAAUGUUUUAACGGACCCCCCCCCCCGCCCCCCCCCCCCCAAAAAAAAGAAUACAACAGACUAAAGGCAAAAGGCAAAAUGUGCAGUUCCAGAAAAUUUCCAUUCCCAGCUUUCCCCCCCCCCGCACCCACGGAGGCCAACGGAAAUUCUUGGAAGGUUAUUUAAAGAAUAGCAGCUGCUCUAUUGAGCAAGCUACAUGUAUCAGUUAUUUUGCUGUUAAUGGUCUUUUAACACAAGAAUGAUGAUCUUUUAUUUUAAGUUGGCUGAAUGCUUUUUUUCACGGCUUAGGCGAUUUGUAGGUUAGAUUCCAGUUAUCUAGCUGUUGCUCUAUUACACAAUAUUUUGUGGUAUUCACCGUAAUGUGGUCGCGUUCUAAGCCGUCUUCUGACGUGUCUUGAAAUAGGGAGUUUAAGCAGAGACGUUUUUAAGCGAUGCACCUCAACCGGAAGUGAGCCGUUUUCUCUUUUAAUAUGCCUUGACGCUACCAAAUGUGUUUUGCUAAGUGUCUUUACUCCUAUAGAGACGAUUUGACCAAAAAUUUGUUCAAAGUCACGGCUUAAGAGUGCAAAAAGUCCACUUCCGGUUGACGUGCGCCGCUCAAAAACGUCGUUGCAUAACCUCCCUAAUGAAAAGAAGUGAUUGAAGUCCACUCGGUGUUUAGUUUAAACUUAACUGGUUCUUUAACAGAUGGCAUCAUUUGUGUCAUGUAAGGUAUCUUCCAUAUUUCUCAGUGACUUACCGUUAAUUAUUAACUAGAGAAGACCUUUACUGGGCAAAAUGUUUUACACUGUAUUAACUUUAAUAAAGGAUUUUUCGCUCUUUAUUGCAGAAACAAUUAUCUUCUGCAUAAUAGUUUAGUGCAAUAGCUUUUUUGACGAAAAUAUCUUUUCCAGGGGUGCCUAACCAAGUUGGAAAAUUAUGGAAAUUCCGGGGGGUGGGGGAUCUAAAGCAAAAGUGCCCUCCGUGGGAGGGGUAUGGAUAUUUUUUGGAACUACACAAUGGAACAAACUUGAUGCGAGAGGCGGGAAGACUUCCUCGGUUGAAAUGGCACCUGAGAUGGCAAAAAGGUUGCUCAAAACGCAGGCCUGACCUCCCAAGAGAAAUGCAGUGCGUUUAUGCUAUAAUUUGCUGGAGAACGUGAGCCGUUUCAGUCCCAACAGCGAUUAGCUUAAAAUAGUAGUGUUAUUACAGGAUAAUAUAUGCCCUCUCUCCUCAACCUUUCAAAAUAAUGACCGAGCGCGUAGGCAUUAUCCGAUUAAAUGCACCUUUCAUUUGUUUCAGAACUAGUAGGUCAUUGUUGUGGUUAUUAAAGUGGAAAAAUUGGUAUUUAUUCGUAAUAAUGACCUCCUGUUUUCGCUUCAGUGACCUGCCCUUCCAUUUAUUGUAAAUAAUUACCUGUUCAAAACAAUGCAAAGCAAAACAAUCCAGGUCUUGAGAUGUAAGGAAAUAAUGGACAAAGACUAGCCUUCUUAAAUUUUAUAACAAAUUCUCCCCGUAAGUACUGAAUAGAAAUGUAUGAAUUCCUUUUAAGAAUAUCUUUUUGUUGACCUUGCCACUUUAAAGACUUAACACAGGUUAAAUACAGAAGUCGAGCUAAAACUAUUCUGACACAUUUAUCUGAAGUUUGUUGUAAUUAUUCUCUCUGUUCUUGUUCCAGCCACCAUAUUCGAGAAGUACUUUCACGCCACUAUUGAUUCAUUCCAAGAUGCUGUCAAAUGUUUGUCUGAAUUUGCGUGUAACGCUUCAUUUCCUGACACCAGUAUGGAAGCCAUUAGACUUAUCAGGAACUGUGCAAAAUAUGUAUACGAUAACCCAGAGGUAAGUUCAGGCUAUGUUUAAAUUGGGGAUCGAGCAUCUCUGCCUGUAGCUUGCAAACACAGACGUACCGUAUUUCCUUGAAUUAUAGUCGGAGGCGAUUAUUUUUUUUUUCGCGCAGAAAGGGGGCGAUUAUUCGAGGAAAGCGAUCAUUACAAACAUUGCUCACUGAAAGUCAUGCCCUAAAUAUUUUGUUUUAUUUUCCCAUUAAAUCAAAAAAUGAUCACCUCAAAUAAACUGAACACGGGCUUUUUUAGCGCUCCAAACUGGUUCUUUGAUUACUUUUCAGUGUCAAGAUCCUCGGCGUCAGAGCUUGAAUCGUUUUGCCGAAGUUUGCCGCAUCAGACAGACUCCACUUCAGCUUUACAAGGAGGGGAAAAAAGAAAGAGGAGAUGGCGAGAAGGGUGGGGUGGAGGGGGGCGAUUAUUCGAGAGAGGCGAUUAUUUUAAAUAUUUAUUUCUGGCUAAGGUGGGAGGGGGCGAUUAUUCGAGUUAGGCGAUUAAUCGAGGGGCGGCUAUUAUUCGAGGAAAUACGGUAUUAGAGAAAUGACGACGACUGGAAAUACGUCUCGCGUUGGACGGCUACAGUCCUGGGUACUAGCACGUUGUUUGUUACGUGGCCUUAGUUUAGUCAGUAAAUGAUUUCUUCUUUUGCCAUUUUGAACUACCUUUAAAGGGUCUGUAGUUCCCUUUUAAUUUCUAGUGUCUACGUACCACGGAGUCCUUGUUUUGCUUUCAGGCUGUAACAAAUUCGUCCGCGUUCUGGGACGCAUCAUAUUGCUUCACCUUGUCUUUUCCGUCAUGCUCUUAUCUUUUCAGUCUGUAAAUGAAUUUGUUUUAAUGUAGCUACAUUUUUUAACUGGGAAAUAUAGUGUUCUUAAAGUAAUUUCACGACAAUGUUCAUUUACAGAUGUUCAAGGAACACAGUAGCGAAGACGGCGGCAUCCCAGAAUCCGAUAAGGUCUGGGUCAAAGGCUGGUUUCCAGUCCUCUUUGAACUGUCCUGUAUCAUAAACAGGUGUAAACUUGACGUCAGAACCAGGUUUGUUUACGGGACAAGACGGGACGGGACUAAUUUUCCUUUGUAAAUGAUAACCUUUCGCUCGAGUUAUCGAAACCGUUUGGUACUGUUACCAAAAGUCUCUUAAGGUGAUGUUACACGGGACAACUCGCAACGACGAUUUUUAGCGCAAUACAGCGUUGCAACAUUGUAGCGAUAUUGUUUCGAAUGGUUGCAGCAUUUUUUCAACAUUGGAACGCUUUGCCGCGCUAAAAAUCGUCGUCACUUUUAAGUCGAAUUCGCGUUUUUUUCAAACUUUGUCGCGUUUAUUUCAAUUCGAUGAGGAAAAUGUCAAAUGAGUUGAAUUUACCCGAAAUUGAUUUCUUGUGUGUUUCAAAGCUAUAUUUUUGUAAUCUUCUGUGCUUUUCGUUACUGCUUAUUAUAAUUUAUAUGCUUUAUGUGUGUUUGUUUGUGUGUCUGUGUUUGUUCUGCCUUGUGUGAUUGCCACACUUACUUUAUGUAAUCGUCUUAUCAUGAACCGACUUCAGAUAAUUUUAUUUCAUUGUAAAGAAAAUGGCUGUCUUGUCUUUUUAGCCCCGUGGUUAUUCCAGACAGCCAGUCCCAUAAAUAAUUAUUAGCUUGUUAUAGUCUUAUUCUGAUUCCGUUUUUACUAUUGGUACAAUAAAAUUGUUGUUGUUGUUGUUGGGGACCGCACUCAAGUUAGAAAGAGAAAGAAAACUUCGUCGUCGCUUGUUUACGUCGUGUUUUAAGGUGAUGUUGCCCGAGGCGAUUUGCAACAACGAUUUUUAGCGCAACAUUGUUGCUUUUUUUCUUUCUCGUUGCCGUCGCCUUCUUUGUUGCUAAAGCUUGUACUGUUAUCAAGGAAUGUUUGCAUUACUUUUCAUUUUGAACGAGUCUUUCGGUAUUUGAUAGUCAAAGAACCGCUUGUUGCAGGUAGAAAACAGAUCAGUUUACCUUACCAGCUGAUUUGUAGUAACUAAUUUUAAUUUUGGUUAUUAAGUUUCCUGUGUUAAACUGUGUUCUUUGCAGAGGUUUAACAGUGAUGUUUGAAAUCAUGAAAAGUUACGGGCACACAUUUCAGCAGCAUUGGUGGAGAGAUGUAUUCAGAGUGGUGUUCAGGAUUUUUGAUAACAUGAAGCUACCAGAUCAACAGGUCGAUUGGUCAGAGGUAAGUGAUUAAAAUAUUUUUUGCUAUAUCCAGUUUCUUAACCGCGAGCACUGAAGACUAGCUCAAUCGGUAGAGCGCUUCACUGCAAUGCGGAAAGUCUCGUGUUCUAUUUCCAGGGCCUGACCAAUACUCAGGGUCUUAAAAUAUUAAACUGAGAAAUGAAGGUACCUGCCUCUACAUGAAGAUGUAAAAAUAUAUAGUGUCCACAAUUGCUACUUUUGUGCUAAAGUCAUUGAUAUGCAAAUAAAGAACAUUUUUUAAAAAAUGAUUACCUUACUCUCUGCGUUUCUCUUUGCUUAGCCUAUUUCUCUGAAUUAUGUGCCCAAAACCAACUGUGACCGGCAUUUUUCCGCGGUUCGCCCUACAGUUUUCUUCUUUGAGUUUUGAUUGGUUCACUGGAUUAUCUGCUUGCUUUCUAAUUGGCGGUGCGUGUAAAAAAAUGCUAUGUCUCCAAGGUCGUGUCGCCUACGGAUCAAGCGGGUUAGCAUUAGAUCCCAUCGGCCUAAACCCUCUUGGGUUGGUAGUAUUCCUUAUCGCGUGACUAUAGUGAUUACGGUUAAGCCCUGACUAUGGUGAUUAGGGUUACGCACUGACUAUAAUGAUUAGGGUUAAGCAACAAUACUGAUUAGGGUUAAGCACUGACUCCCAGCGGUUAGCUUCCUUUUAGUUAGGGUUAGGAUUGUUGCUCUAUAGCUUCAAAUCAAACCAAUGCUCGCCAGCAAAUUCUUAGUGGCGUAGUGGUAUAGAUGGACUUCAAACGCAACGCUCUGGGUUCGAUUCUACUCUCGCUCUUCUAAAUUGUUUUUUCUUUAAAGAUUGAAGAGACUAACACUUUCGUAAACAUUUCCUCAGUAGAAAUGUCAAGAAACUUAGAAAUUUCAUCUAAGUGCCGUGUAGAAGCAAUAAAGAAUACAACGUUGUGUAAACUUCAAGGGUGUCCAAGGGUUUUAGGCCGAUGGGAUCUAAUGCUGAUUUAACAACACGAAUAUGUCGUGUAAGUCUUUCAUAUCCGCGUGAUGAGUGGUUAUAGUCUGUUCACCCUGGAUUUUUGCUGUUUUUUUUUUUUUUGCUAUAGAAGUCUGAGUGGAUGACGACCACAUGUAACCAUGCUUUGUACGCGGUAAUCGACGUUUUCACGCAAUAUUUUGAAGUGUUGUCUGAUGUUCUGUUAGAGGACAUGUUUUUACACUUACUGUGGUGUGUUCAACAAGGUAAGUAUUCCAGUUAAAUUUAAAGUGGAAAAACUUAUCAAAUGCUGUAAACUGUCUGGGGGAGAAAACAUUCGCAGUACUUGAUUUAAAGAGGUGGACUACGUCACUCUGAUUCCAAGCGCGGGAAAAAACCUGCAGCCUGCGCCAAGCGCUACAGAAAAAAAAAAAGCUAACGGCCGUCACAAAGUGCGGGAAAGACGUUUAGUGGCGGAGAACUAAAAGAAUUUGGCUUUUGGUGUUUAAAAUGUGUCAAAAGGUAUUUAAUCGGUGAUUUAGAGUCGAUGCAAAAUGGAAAAUUGUCUUUACGUGCAUUGAGAGUUCGUCAUUUCAAGUAAUAGGCCAUUUGCACAAUUGCGUCAUUUUACUACUAACGGCCAGAAUACUUUUCGUUUUUCCUUUCAUAUUUAAAUUUGGAAAUCCCAGUGAGGUUUAAAUAAGAAAAGUUCUUAUUUGCACAAGAAAUCAAAACCCCCAAGGACUCUUGUCGUGGUAGUAAAAUGACGCCAUCUUGCAAAUAGCCUAUUCAAAUUCAAUUUGAAACGUGUUGUGGGUGUGCGAUCUUGUCUGUCUCUUGGUCUGUGCGUCAGUGGCGUAAAGAAAAUAAGAUCUUAGUAGAGACACCCUAAGAGCGAAACUCUCUUUAAACAUCUACAGAGAGAUUCUCAAGUUUACUGAUCUUUAAGUUACACUAUAAUACUUCUAUCACACAUUUACGUAACUUUAAAUGUAGUUAGGGUAUUUUGUUCACGUACAGGUCAUUCCGGAAUGUGUUCAUUCCGGUUUUCAAUCCCAACGAAAUUCUCGUUCUGGUAUGAGACUUCAAUCUAGCAUAAUGUAAAAUGAAAGAGAACUUCGUUCUGAAUUGAAAAUCGCAAACCGUCUAGUCUGGGGCGAGUGGCGCAUUCGUAUCUGAUCUGGCGCUAGCGAGAACGCUUUAACAUGUGAAUUCAGUACGAAUUUCAUUCUGGGUUUCGUUCCGGAAUGAAAGUCGUUCGUGUAGUGUUAUUGGUCUGCGAUUUUCCACCGUAUUUCCAGGCCAUCACGUGUAUAAAUUUAUUCAUUUAAGAAAUUUUGACUCGCACUCAUUGUUGUAUUAAAAAGUACAUUCGUUGUUAUUGUACGCGUUCGUCUCGUAUCAUGUAAAUAGUCCCUCACGCGGAACAUACGUUUUUGUAUCUUCCCAGAUAAUGAGCAGCUUGCGAGGUCUGGCACUAACUGUCUUGAGAACCUGGUAGUCUCGAAUGGUUCUCAAUUUUCUUCAGAAAUGUGGCAAAGGGCGUGUCGUUGCAUCCGGGACAUAUUCACCUCUACUGUACCAAAUGAGCUGCUUACUUGGAGACCAGAGACACAAACCACAGGGACACCAACCCCCGAGUCUACACCCACGCAUACUCCCGACAGCCCUGUACGAACUCCGGACCGCCAACAUUCUUUUGAGACGGUAAGUUUGCAUCUAUCUCAUGCAAUAUGAUCAUCCCGCUCAGUGGAUAGAGCGUCCGAUCUAAAACUCGGAGGGUCGUGAGCUCGAAUCUCAUCUGGAACACGGAAAUUUUUUGGAGUCUUUUGUUCUAAGUAAUGUCUCGAACGUGUUGUCACUGACACACUUUCGUCUUUGUAUACACGCUCAGUCAUGCGCUUCAAUCUGAUAUCGGUUGGAAAUUUUUAUUUUUAACAGCGGUCGGUGGACUUGGAAGUAAGACCAGAACACGAUAUAGUUCCUCGUCUACAGGAAGGUUUGUUCAGAUAUGUUUGUUUGUUUUUUUUUUGUCUCAUGUGGUGACCUAUCCCAAUAAGUAAUAACCCUUACUAAGUAAUAAGUAAUAACCCAAUCUGUCGUCACCUUGAAAAUUUUGCAAAGCAACGGACGCCCGACAAAGUAAUCUGUUUUCACGGACAAGCAACAGGUUGAGGCUUUUAUUACAGGACUAAUAAACCCACAAUAGACAUUGGAGGAAGUAAUCUCCGAGAGAACCGUCAUGUGGGUCGUCUAACAAUGAUUGUAGACCCACUGGACAGUGAUUUAUUCUAUGAGUAGCGCCAUCCAUCCUCUGAGUACCAUUCGAGCAGAGGCUACGUUGUCGCGGUAUCAGCUGGCGUUUCGCACGCCACCUUAUACCGCGAAAAUGUAGCCUCUGCUUCCAGGGUAUCCUCUGAGCAAGUGAUGCCUGAAAUAUAAGAUGUAUGAAUACUUUACGGAAAAAAGAAUUGAGAUGUAUGUUAAUAACCUCUGAAACAUUUGCUGGAUACCCCCAAAAAAUCUCUGCAGGAAGGUAUAUCCGAAAAAAAAAGGUUUGCGCAAGAUAGCGACAUGUUAAAAAAAUGGUGAAAAAAUGAUGGUCCGUGCUUGAAGACAUGCCAGCUAUAAUUGAUGCGUUAUUUAAUGAAGAACCAAUUUAUUCCUACAGAUGGGGAUGUUUGGGGAACAGAGACAUUCAAUGCUGAACAAAAGCAAGCUGACACCGCUGAAGAUGCACUGCAGGUUCAAGAAAAAGAGCGCUCGAAUCAGAUCACGACACUGUCGUCAGUUAGAACAGAGCCCUUAGAAAGCCCGCCUCAUCACUGUGAGUAACAAGGAUGAAAUACAAAAUUUCAACCUUUCUAAAUUGAAAUUUAUAAUUUCUAUGUACAUGUAAUCUGUAAUUUGUGCUCCAGCCCGAUCUCGCUUAUUACCUGCCACAAAGGUUGUAUCCCCCCUUAUUAUGCCGUCUUCUUGUUUGUUUAUUUUGACUGCGUGCCUUAUUUUUGGCGUGACUUUUCAUGGGGAUUUAAAAGCGGAAUGGUGACAUUGUUUGAAUUAUGAAAGCCGUUUUUCUAUCAAAAUGCCAGCCGAAAGGAGAAAACGUUCUCUUUUGUGGCGGAAAGUGUACUUCUUUUGCUUUGGUACCAAACGAUUUCAUUAACUUCAUUAGCCUGGUAUAAACAAGGAUGUUAGGAUCCUCCUUCAGAUUUAUUUAUUUAUUUAUUUAUUUACUUACAACAUGAUAUUUUUUGCAUCAAAUGGAAACUUGAGGGAAAAGGCGAGCCCGAGAUUAAAACCAUCAUUCAUUUAUCUAUUUAUUUUGUUUUAUUUGUUUAUUUUAUUAUAUGUUUAUUUUAUUCUUUCUAAUGUAUAAAAGGGUUUUGAAGUGCAUAAUGGUUAACGCAAAUAGGAACCGACUUGUUUGCUUACAGUGGUAGCCUGAGUAGCUGACGGUUUGUUUGGCGAGAGGGCAAAUGAACGGUGCAAAUCAGCGGAGUUGUCUCCGCUCCAUUCUCCUCACGGCUUUACUGCUCAUUUGGGCGCUCGAGAAACAAAACCGCCAGCUACGUAGCCUAUUGCAGUGGCUCUUGCAGAAUCCACGAUGACAUUUGUCCACUGUAAUUUUACUGUCACUUACCGCCAUUUUCAGAUAACACUGCAGAAGAGUUAUUUACUUCUCUCCUGAUUCGCUGUGUUGUACAACUGGAGCUUAUUCAAACCAUUGACAAUGUAGUGUUCUUUCCUGCCACAAGUCGUAGAGAAGAUGCCGAAAACCUCGCUUCUGCUAAGGUGAGGAGGACAUUGUAGAUUCUUUCCACUGUUAUUCGAAUAAUUUGCACUAGGUAGGAGAAAUCGUUACGUCAUGUAGCCAUGGUCUGGAUCUGAACAAACCAUGACAGAAAAGAAAACGAAACAAUUGACAUUGUGACUUUCCUGUGCACGAUUGCACUCUAGAAGAAAACGGUAGCCCCCCGGGGGUAGCCCAUACUUUUCUUCCGUCGUUCGACAAUGCAAAUGGCCAUCUCUGUCAAGAAAGAAUAUUGAGAUCUUGAAAUUUUGCUACGAUAGAAAUGUGACGUCACACGUCUCCGCUUUAUUGUGAAAGAGCAUACCAUUAACUGCGUUCAAUACAGGAGAGCGCAAUCCUUAUUUGGUGACGUUUGUUAUGGUUCCUGUUUGUCAUAUCAUGGAAACUAACCCGGUAUUUCCAGUUUGUCCACCCCUCCCGUUCCUUUUCAAGGGUAAGGCGGGUCACGUUCUCGCACACGUUUUUCAGUCUUGACCUCUGCUGUCUUAUUUUGCCUCGUUUUAAUUGACAAUCCUCUCACCAGAAAUGUGCUUUUAGCGGGAUUAAAUUUUACCUUUAACAGAACAAAGCAAUACAUUCGGUAGCCUCCCAUGCAGACAUUCUUAGGGCUUCGUCUUGCGUCCCUUUCCCUUGAACGUUCCUGGGGAAGGAACGUGUUACGAAGCCCUAAAAAUGUUUGCGUGGGAGGCUUCCAGCGAAAUACUAUUAAAUCUUCCAGUCUAUAACGUGUGCCAUGCCAGAUAUGAAAAACCGCUGAAAAAACUGGCCGUAGUGAAAAGUGGUCAAAAGAACAGUAAAUACUUUGUUACACAGACUACUCCAAAAAGAGUCUAAUAUUUCUAAAGAAUACACUGAAGUAAGGAUGUAACAAAGACAUACAGAUUUGAACGCGUAAGAGUAUAAACUAUCGGAAAAGGAACUUUGCAAAACAAAACGAAAGCGAACACAACAACUGAGAUGACGUAGAAUGCUGCAAAUCCCGGGCUAAAAACAUAGAUAGUCUGAAACUAUCCCACGAAUCCCCGCUCGUCUCUGAAUAUUUAUUUCUGACUAAUUCUUUCUUAUGUCUCUCAAUCGCAACAAAUUAUAUAAGGCGGGGAUAGAGACCAGGGGCGGCUGUAUUCAGGCGUUUACUCCAUGUGAUAUUUACAAGUGACAAGUUAAGCCCUCAUGAAUUUUUCCGAGCUAGUUUUGCUGCCCUGAGAAAAGGAACAUUCUAGAGAGUUUAAGCUUCUCGUAUACGGCAAACGGCAAACGUCAUAUUCAAGUUGAGAAUUUCUCAAAAAAGAAAAUGAGCCGAUAAAAACAGCUCACAAAAUUCUUAUGGAUAAAAAAUUGGUUGAAACUACUAAUUCAUGUGUAGAAAUCUGAUGGAUAAUAGGCGACAAGCAAAGGGAAAACUUGGUCACGUGGUACAAAUCGCGUUUGCCGUUUGACUUAAACGUGAUGCUUAACCUCCCUUCUAUUAAGCCCCAAGUAACAGUAGUCCAAGCUAGCUGCCACUUACCUACAUGUAUACUAAUGAGCGCCUUGAUUGCAGUCUGGCGAAGUGUCCCGCACACGGUUAGACAGUUCAGUGAGCGAGACUGCUGCGGAAGCAGGAAUGUUCCCAUUCCUUAGCUCGCCCCAGUUGCUUCUGUUUGUCGACUGCUUGGAAGAGUCUCAUCAAUUCGCGAAGUCCUUUAACUCCAACAAUGAACAGAGGACAUUCCUUAUGAAAGCUGGUGAGUUAAUCAUGGAGAUUUAUUUUGUUUAGCUUUGUUUUUACAGGCGGCCUUAACAUUUUCAAAAGAUAUUGUUAGCAUUCCUUUAGCAGGAGCUGUCGUCGGCUCCUUAAGGAAGCUAUGCAAACAUGUUUAUACAAAUGAGUUUAGUUCUGAAGCCUUGGUUUUCUCAAAAUAGCUCUCUGCAGUUUCCCUGUUUUUCCCUUGCUCGGCAGAAGCUGAACGCCCGGAGCAAGUCAUAUAAAUUGUUAGAGAAAUCAAGGCAAACGAGAGUGCUGCAAAUAAUACCGUGGAAACGAGUUUCAACAUUUUUAGGCGGCGGUAUAGUUAACACCCGCUAAAAGAACCUAUGGAUUAAGAACCUCCUGGCAGAAAUUUGCUGCUUUAAUACCCAAAAAUACAAGAACCUGUUUAGCCAGGCAAGAUCAAGCAGGGUCUUAUAUGUGGGUUAUUAUGAUAAAAAUUUAACCAAGGGGUAAAACUUUAAGUUGUAAAUUUAAGUAUAACAAGAACAUACUGUACUUAACUGUAUAUAAAUUCUGCAAUCAGUUUUGUUAGGGUUAUUUUAAUAAUAUUGUGAAUAAGGAAAAAGUUUAUUUAUUUUUCUGGUUAUCGACAUUGUAUUAUCUCCUUCAUGAAAAUUAAGAACCUACUUAGCCUAAUCGCCACUAAGUACCCCAAAAUAAAGGAACCUAUUUUGCCAGACUUAAAAUCAUGUAGGCUCUUAUUAGCGGGUGUUUACUGUAGUACGGAAUUAAUUAUCUUUUCACUGUUUUCUCUACAGGUUUUAAAGGGAAGUCUAAACCCAAUUUAUUAAAGCAGGAAACGUCCAGCUUGGCCUGUAUGCUGCGCAUUUUGUUUAGAAUGUAUUCGGACGAAGAAAGGAAAGAUUCAUGGCCCGAAAUUGAACAGCGAUCUCUAAGGUAACAAGCUGAAUUUGGGUCCCUCUAUUCUCUAAUCAUCUGAGUGCGUAGGAGAAGUGUUUGAAGAAACCUUUCUCCACUCAUAUAUAAUGAGGAAGACUUAAUUCCCAUUCAUGCCGACCUUCUUAGAGAGUUCUAUUUAACAGCUGUUCUUGUGUUUUUUAUCCUCAGAAUAUGCACAGAUGCGUUGCGAUAUUUUCUUUCAUUGGAAUCCUCCAGUCAUCGAGAUGCUUGGACGUCUCUUCUAUUGCUGCUCUUGAACAGACUGCUAAAACUUGAUAGCGAACGGGUACGUUUGUCUUAAAACUCAGAUAACUGUUUUCUUUGUUAUUUGAAGAUACGGUCUCGGAAAAUAUUGUGUAAUGAUAAAUUUGCUUGUUAUUUAAGCUGUACUUUUAAACUUCAGUGUUGUUUGUUUGUUCAUUAUGUUCUUUUUUUUUUGCGUUUUUUUCUUUUUUUUUUCGUCCUUGUUCAGUCUGAAUCCACUCCGGCACGUAGAGGUAAAAAUGCCCGACACGAGUCUCCCUGCAUUGCCAAAUUCCAGUGUCAUAUAAGGCGUUCUGAAUUGUUUCCACAGAGUAUCCGCCAGUACGUUCCCUUUCACUUAAAAUCAACAUUCUUAGUCAAGCAUGGUUUGGAAAAAUUUCUGAUUACAGUCAUACAGAAACGCGCAGUCUGGGCUUACUCCUACAGUUGAACCGCCAUUAAUGGGCCUCUCUCGGGGUACCGGCAAGUGUCCGCUUAAUGGCGGUUGACUGCUUAAUAGCGGUUCGUCAUGAAUUAACAUAAUCGUUAGAAGACACAUCACCUCUAUCUCGGACUGUAUUUUCCUUCAUUUUUUUUUUCUUGAAAAUAAAGCCAAACUAAGUGAAUCAAGCGCUUUGUAGCCGCUUAGUAGAGGCCACAACAGUGGGAGAACUCUCUUUGGGAGGACCAAUAGGUGGCCGCAGCCGCCCAGUAGACGUGGCCGUCCAAUAGGAGUUUAAGUUCCCAUUCUUUUAUUUCGGGACUUUGAUUACUGGCCGCUUAAAAGUCGGACGCUUAAAGGAGGUUCAACUGUAUUUUUGUUUUAACCUUGCAAAUUCUUGUUGUUGUUAUUGUUAUUAUGCUCCUGCAAUGAGCAGUUGACACCUUUACUUGUCAUGCGUUCAAUCAAGGUUUGUCUCAGCCACACUGAACGCUACAUUUCAUGCCCACCGUUUAAACAGAGACCUUCCUUUACCUCGUUCUUAGGCGCCACCGCAAGCACGGAAAACAGAGAGUGCAGGGCGUCAUGGGAAGGUGCAUUACAUCGUUCCCAAGACACUACACGCGCCGUGCUAGAACAAACACGGACGCUUGUAGGCAGCACCUCUCCUAGAUGUUUCCUAGUCCUUAAGCCUCAUUAUUCCACGCGGCCAAUUCGUUUUGACUGAGAAGGCCUUGAAAGUGCCGUACAGGGACAAGGUAAUCCUGGCUGCACUUCUAACGACUGUUCUAUGUUGUUUUAACAGUUCAAGAGACACAUUUCACGAUAUUACCCGCUGCUUUGCAACAUGUUGUUGGUGGAAUGCAAGCUGGAGUUACGUUCCGUCCUCAGAAGAGUGUUCCAGCGAGUUGGUACCACCUUUGAAAUCUGCGACCUCGCCGAGUCCAGCUGACAAACUCAUUACGUUAUAAAGUCAAUGAAAUCUACGAGAUCACAUGGACCCUUACAGAGCAUUUUUCUUUGGCGUGAAAUGUUUCAGUUAGAAGAGGUUAAAUGAAUGUGAUUGGACAGCAAUUCUUUUGGUAGAGUUUUUCUUAAAAGAAAGAGAUCUUCUGCGAAGGCGUCUGUUGUGAUAUCCAGGUUUGAUAUUGAAAUGAAUCGCGGCUUUUGAAAAAAAAAUGACAGAAGUUCGAGAAAGGUAAGAACUUCUGGUAGCCCAGUUAAUGCAGUUAUGUAGUAUUCUUUACCAUGGACUGCGGAAUUGGUUUAGUAAUUUGCAUGUUAAUUUGUACACUGGAUCAUUAUCGUGAUACCUUCAACAAUCACACAACAAAAUAUUUAAAGAUCUAUAGGAAAACACAACUCACAACAUGAUAUCCGUCUGCCUGCGCGGUUUAAAAAUUAUUACAAGUACUUACUGAAAAACUCUCAUUUGGGACGAGCAGAAGAUUUCCAUGAGGGUGUUUGGACGAUCUUGAUAUUUUUCCCUCCUGAGAUGGUCCGUUGGAUCAGCGCUCUAAAGAAAUUCGUUGUCGCGUCAGUGAGAACAUAUCAGUAGUAUUCCUUAUAACUCUCCGAGUUUAGAAGUGACCAGGUCACCUAAUUUUGCAAUGCACGUUGUUAUAGGUCUAUCUGAUUGAAAGUAAAAUUCUUAAGGUAAUAAAAGUCGUAUUUUAAAAAGGAGCUGUGUCACACAAUUUAUCAAAACUUUAACAGUAGGAACUGCCACUAAAUUUUUCCCUCCUGAGAUGGUCCGUUGGGUCAGCGCUCUAAAGAAAUUCGUUGUCGCGUCAGUGAGAACAUAUCAGUAGUAUUCCUUAUAAUUCUCCGAGUUUAGAAGUGACCAGGUCACCUAAUUUUGCAAUGCACGUUGUUAUAGGUCUAUCUGAUUGAAAGUAAAAUUCUUAAGGUAAUAAAAGUCGUAUUUUAAAAAGGAGCUGUGUCACACAAUUUAUCAAAACUUUAACAGUAGGAACUGCCACUAAAUUUUUCCCUCCUGAGAUGGUCCGUUGGGUCAGCGCUCUAAAGAAAUUCGUUGUCGCGUCAGUGAGAACAUAUCAGUAGUAUUCCUUAUAAUUCUCCGAGUUUAGAAGUGACCAGGUCACCUAAUUUUGCAAUGCACGUUGUUAUAGGUCUAUCUGAUUGAAAGUAAAAUUCUUAAGGUAAUAAAAGUCGUAUUUUAGAAAGGAGCUGUGUCACACAAUUUAUCAAAACUUUAACAGUAGGAAAUGCCACUAAAUUAAGAAAAAUAGAAAAAUAACCCGCUGAGAACAUUAGAAGAAAGUAUAAAUAACAAGGAAAAGACAAAAGAAGGCACAGAUGGACAAACUUGAAGAAGACUGAAACGGAUUGCAAUUGUGUAUUUGAAGAAACUUGUUAGCCUAACAGUUUUGCUGUUUGUAACGUUUGAUAAGAUACUUGGGAGGCAUAUUUGCCUGACAAGAGGCUGUGUUAUUUACAAGUUAUUUGUUCACUAAUGUUAAGUUCCAUAGCGGAUAAAGAUCUCUAAUUGGCAAUAUUAACAAAAUGAACUGGACAGCCGUGACGAAAACCGGUCGCUGCGAUGCAAAGUCGUUUCGAUACGAACUCGAGCAGUGAAAUUGCACAAAAAUUGUAAAGUUUGCAAUUGAACAAAAAAAACAUUUUGGGUGAAUAUUCUUCGUUCUUUAAGCCAAGUAUGUGAUGCUAUUUACACCUCGAAGGAAUUAACUUGUAUCGAAGCGACCGGUAACCGCUGUGACAUAGCCCCCUCAACGCUGGCAGAGAUUUGAAAUGACAAAGUCGUUUCUCAGUUAGAUCUUGGUAAGAAUUAACUAGGUAGUUAUAAGGAAAGCGUAUUAUUAAUGAUCUCUCUUCUCGCUCUACUGAAUAACGCCCGUUAUAUGCGGGCUUUUGAUUAAACUAUGCCAGACUUCACACUUUCAGGUGCCUCGAUUGACUAUGUUCAAAUCUGCCGUAAUGCGCUCCCCCAAAAUUUACGUAAGUUUUGUUUUCAUUACGGCUGUUUUCCCCGCCAAAUGUCGGCUG